UGCGCGAGCGAGUGGGGGAGGGAGCGCGCGUGCGCGACCCGCCUGACGGACGGGGACGCUCAAGGGCGCAUGCGCAGCGCCGCCGCGCCUCAAGUCAGCUUGCCGAAGUCGGCCCGCCCGAGUGGGAGUCCGGGAGCAGCGGAGCGCGCGCCUGCGAGUGGGGCUCGCGCCCCCCACACCGCCUCAGUGGUCCGAAAAUGGCGGAGGGCAACGGCGCCGCUACGGGCCCCGAGAACCUCGCCGCCUCGCCUCCGCCUCUGCCGCCCCUGAGGGGGCUCCGAGAGAAGAUGGGUGAGGGGGCGCAGGGAGAGGGAGGGGAAGGGGUAGGGCAGGCUCCUCCUAUUCUCACCCCCUCGCAAGACACCUCGUAACCCCCCCCUUCCCGUGAUAUGCAACAAAAUUCAGAUACAGCUAUAUAAUCCCUAGUGUAGUAAGAUAAAACCUUCGCAGCAGGCAUUUUCAUUAAAAAGUUUUUUAUGAACCGCCCUAUUGCCCCUUAAGAUCAUCAUCAUCACUUUUAAUUUGUAUACCGUCUUUCUAUCUUACAUUACUCAAGGCGCUUUACAAGCUGAAGAAACAAAGAUGACUUUUAAAGCCCUGUUUCCUGAUACUUCUCCAACCUGGCUCCUCCGUUUUGUCCUGGUCCUCGCCCUCCUCAGUUGGGUCAUUCUCUUCUACCCUUUUUCUGAUUUCCCUCCAUCCUAGACAGAUGCUCACUGGUUCUGCCUCUUUUUAGCAUGUGUGUGUGUGUGCUUGUGAAAUUUAUUGAUUUAAAUAUCGCCUUUUUAUUAGUUUUCCAGCAACUUCAGAGUCAGUUCACAAGAAGUUAGCUGAGCAAACUGCAAGCAUGUUAGUAUCUAAGGCGCUACAAGAUCUUUAGUUGUCAUUUUAAUGUACAUCAUGUAUUAUUUUCGGUUUGUGGGUGAUUCUGGUACCAGUCACUGUCUACUCCUAUUCCCGCCCCCCGCCGAAUAGGCAGCACAAUGAAACUGGCAGAUCCACAGCUGAGACACUGAAAUCUGCAGCAACAAUGAAAUUGACAGUUUUCUCUGUCUUUAGCAGACCAGCUGAUCGGUUUGCUGGAGAGAAAAAAAAGGCUUUUGGAGUUUUCCAAACAAAUUACCGUAUUUUUCCAUGUACAAGAUGCCCCCAUGUCUAAGAUGACCCCUAUCUUUUGAGCCCUAAAUUCAGAAAUAAUUAAUUGCAACAUUCCGUGUAUAAGACGACCCCCAAUUUAAAACUUAAUUGGUGGGGGGAUAUAGUCUUAUGCAUGGAAAAAUACAGUAUAUCUGCUACUGAAUCAAGGGUAUCUUUUGUCUCAGUCUUAGCACAAAACUUACUAGUGCAGCAUUUUUCCCACAAACACCCUCCCUUGUACCUAUGAUAUAUUGAGGCAUACUGGUACCCUGGAAUUUAAAAAGAAGUGGAUAUUUAAAACAGCUUCCUGGCCUGAUCUCCUUACAGGCAAGCCCCCCUCUUCAUUGAUCACACAGAAAGCAAAUUGUUUAGUUGUGGAGGCGGGUGGGUGGCUAGCCUCUCACAACCCCAAAAAAAGGAUAGGUCUAUAUCUCAUACAGGAGGUCACAUUAUGAAUUGUGCCAUUUUGGACAGGAAGACAGCCCUUUUGUGGGCUUCCCUGCAUUAAAAAUUAUCUGAAAAUGGAAGCCUAACGUCGUUGCCUUCUUCUUCUUCUUUGGCAAUCCCUCAUAGCUGAGUCAGAUUGUCUUCCAUCAACACGGAUUUUAGCAGUGAGCCCAUAAGUGACAGUGGAGGCCAAUUCCGGAUCCGCACGUCCUUCCACAGUGGGGUUUCUGGGCGGGAGUUGAUCCCGGUGAAGAUUCUUCCUCUUCACCCGUUUCUCCCUCACGUCCCAAGUUUGAGUGUCUUCAAAGCCCAGGACGCCUUUGGUCAAGGCUGUUCUCCAACUGGAGCUCUCGCAGGCCAGUGUUUCCCAGUUGUCGGUGUUUAUACUACAUUUUUAAAAUUUGCCUUGAGAUCUUUCAACCUCUUUUGUGGUCCACCAGCGUUACACUUUCCAUUUUUAAGUUUGAAAGAGAGUCGUUUCUUUGGAAGGCAACAUGACCGGUUCAAAGUUGAUUGUCGCUUCGACACUGACAGUCUUUGCUUAUUUCAGUACGCUGGCAUUAGUUAUAGCAGGCAUGUCCAAAGUCCUAAAAAAAGCUCAACAGCUUUGGUUGGCCCUUUGGUUGGCCCUCACAGUCCUUCACUUCAUCAAAUCCGGCCGUCUUUGAAAAAGGUUUGGACACCACUGAGUUAUAGUGAGCAUAGGAACUGCCUUAUCCUGAGUCAGACCUAUUGGUCAAUCCAAUGCAGUAUUGCCGAUGAAAAUCUCCAGGGUUUCAGGCAGCCCUGUGUGGAGAUAUUGGAUGUUUGAGCCUGGGACUUUCUGCAGCCUUUCCGUAUUAGUGAUGGCAUAUUUGUUAACUAUCUGAACCUUACAGACUUAGCAGUGCUGUAGAGUCAAGUGAAGUGGUACCACGAACAUGAAUGCAUGGGCAGAGGAAGAAUGCAAACUCUCUUAUGAAGGAAGAAGCUCGGGGGGUCUAAAUACAAUAGCAAUGCUUUUUUCCACUUGCAUGAUAGAGACAUCAUUGUGUCUUUCGGAGACGCAAGUUAUUUCAAAGUUGGACUGGGAAUCCGUUGUGAAUUGCAGCGCUAGGAUCUAUUGUCUUGGGAAGUUUCGAACGGAUGUUUUCAUGCAUUUUUCAUCUUACUAAAAUUAAAACCGUUUGAGAUGGGGGGAGGAAUUAAGGGGGUGUCUUUCAACUGUAAGGGAAGGGAGUACACCAAGUUUUGUUCAAAUCUGAUAUGGCAGGUGAUGAAACCCUUGGGGUUUUUUGCGUCAAUUUGAUGUGGAAUGAUCCUACUUGGAAUUACUGUUUAAUUUAGGUUGGCAAGUCUGAAAUUAUAAAGAUUUUCUCUAUUCCACAUGUUCUACUGUCACACCUUCUGAAUGAAACAGCCUCAGACUUCUUACAUAUGAACUGACAUUUUACCAGUAAUUUCAAAUACAGUCAGAACCGAGACCCAAAACUAGACCUGAAACAGGACAUCUGUUAAUGGAUCUCCCAGGGUCUUUUUCUUUUAUUCCAAGAAGCUGGGGGAGUCUCCCAUUUGGACUGCAGUCAUGACACUAGGAGAGAGUCCAAAUGUUUAGGGAAGCUUUUAAUAUUUAUUAUUAUUAUUAAUAUUAUUGUAUUUUAAUCUUUUCUUGGAAGCCGCCCAGAGCGGCUGGAGAACCCCAGCCAGAUGGGUGGGGUAUAAAUAACAACUUCUUCUUCUUCUUCAUUAGGGUGUAUUAAUGGGGUGUAUUGAUAAUGCCUGUGAACUUGACAAACAACACAUACAGGGGGAAAAGUUCCCACUGAGAGGGAAGGCAAUUUCAUCACAUAAAGGGGCGGGGAAGAGGGGAAGAGGAAACUAGUCUACUUCCCUGCGUUGAGAGCAAGCAAGGAAAAACAAAGAAACAUGAAAAAGGAAGCAUAAUUUCUCAAUGCAGUGAGGUGGGGGAGUAUGAAAACAGGAAGAGAUCAACAUCUGUUUUAGUAUACUAGUCUAUAUGCAGGGCACAGAGAAUAUUAGAUCUAUAUUUGGCCUCUGUGUUCUUGAAUUAAUUUCCAUUAAUUUUAAUGUCAGUCUGUGAAUAUGCUGUCUUCUUACUCCAGGUCAGUGAGACAAAAUGAGUGUCGAGAGGGUCUGAUUUCUUACCAGUGAUGUUUUAAUGUAUUUUUAAUCUCUUGUUGGAAGCCGCCUCUUGUUGGAAGCCGCCUAGAGUGGCUGGGGAACCAGCCAGAUGGGCAGGGUAGAAAUUAUUAUUAUUAUUAUUAUUAUUAUUAUUAUUAUUAUUAUUAACUGCAUCCCCCUUGAAGCAAGUGUUGUGACAAUGGCAUUUGUUCAAGGGGAGAGGGAUGCAGCCAGGAUAAUGCCAUGCGCCGCACUUAGAUAAUGAUGAGUUAAGAUCCUUAUGCUGGGGGAGGAAUUAGUUCAGAGGGGUCUUUUUUAUCAUUGUGUUGUCAAUUUAAAGCCUGUUGCAGUUAUUUGGUAUCUUGCACAAGGAGAUCGGCAGUUCGGCGCUUGUUAUUCUAUAAAGCAUGAUGUAAAUAUCCAUAGCAGGGUGGAUUUGAUUUCAAUCACGAGUCUGUAAGACUUGAUUUAAAUCAUUUUUUAUUAAAGUACUUGGAGGUGAUUGUUUUUGGUGCAGCCUGGGGAGGAUUAUUGCCAUGACAGAACAGUUGUCAUGGAGAGGGGAAAUACUUUUCCUUCUUCCUCCUUCCCUCCCUUCCACAGUGCUGAGUUCGAGUGAGGACCGAAAUCGGAGACAAGGAAGCCAGCCUCCUUGUUUUGCUUGCAGAAUCCUUAGUGUCAAUUGUAGAAAUGUAAUUUAUUUUGAUCAGCUGCUGAAGAAGCAUCUUUCCCUAUGAAAUCAGGAGAUAGAAUCAUAGAGUUGGAAGAGACCACAAGGGCCAUCGAGUCCAACCCCCUGCCAAGCAGGAAACACCAUCAGAGCACUCCUGACAUAUGGUUGUCAAGCCUCUGCUUAAAGACCUCCAAAGAAGGGGACUCCACCACACUCCUUGGCAGCAAAUUCCACUGUCGAACAGCUCUUACUGUCAGGAAGUUCUUCCUAAUGUUGAGGUGGAAUCUUCUUUCUUGUAGUUUGGAUCCAUUGCUCCGUGUCCGCUUCUCUGGAGCAGCAGAAAACAACCUUUCUCCCUCCUCUAUGUGACAUCCUUUGAUAUAUUUGAACAUGGCUAUCAUAUCACCCCUUAACCUCCUCUUCUCCAGGCUAAACAUGCCCAGCUCCCUUAGCUGUUCCUCAUAAGGCAUCGUUUCCAGGCCUUUGACCAUUUUGGUUGCCCUCCUCUGGAAUGAUGAUGAUGAUGAUGAUUAUCAUCAUUUAUUAUUUCUACCCUGCCCAUCUGGCUGGGUUUCCCUAGCCACUUAGGGCAGCUUUCAGCAAACGAUUAAAAAUGCAUUAAAACACCAGUCAUUAAAAACUUCCCAAAAGAGGGCCGUUUAAAGAUGUUGCAUUGUGCCUGAACUUUGACAUUCCUGAUUUGCUGUGUUGUGUAUGUUUUGCAUUCCCAGCAUCUAUUCCUUUGUGUCGAUUGUAGAAACCAACUGCAUUUUCCCAUGCGUAAGACUCUUAUUUCGCCCCCAAUUUUUGAAGUUUAAAAUUGGGGGUCGUCUUAGACUCGGAAUGUUGCCAUUCUUUAUUUCUUCAAUUGGGGCUCAAAAAACAGGGGUCGUCUUAGAGAUGGGGGCGUCUUAGACACGGAAAAAUACAGUAAUUUCUUUUUAGCAGCUGCUGAAGAAACAUUCAGGUAGGUAACCGUGUUGAUCUGACGCAGUCGAAAUAAAUUUAAAAAUUGUCCAGUAGCACCUUAGAGACCAACUCAGCUUGUUUUUAGUAGAAGCUUUCCAAGUGGGUUUGAACCUCAAUGCUUAAAAACCCUGUUGCUCCCAUAUUUGUAUUGUUUAUUGUUAUAUUUGAUUGUUAAUCCAAACUUAAUUCUGUUGUGCUUUAUGCUCUUUUAGUAUGGUAUGUAAAACUGGUCUGGACCCUGAUAUACAGUGAUACCUCGGGUUAGGUACUUAAUUUGUUCCGGAGGUCCGUUCUUAACCUGAAACUGUUCUUAACCUGAAGCACCACUUUAGCUAAUGGGGCCUCCUACUGCUGCUGCGCCGCUGGAGCAUGAUUUCUGUUCUCAUCCUGAAGCAAAGUUCUUAACCUGAAGCACUAUUUCUGGGUUAGCAGAGUCUGUAACCUGAAGCGUAAGUAACCUGAAGCGCAUGUAACCCGAGGUACCACUGUAUAGUGGGAGGGUGGGUUGGGGAUUUUCUCCGAAGGGUAGUAGGAUUCAGUGGGUAUGGUCAACCUGCUGGCGACUGUUAACAACUGAAAAAGCAAGGGAUGGUAUGCAGAUGACCCAAAAUAGCUUUAGCAUGCAUAAAGACACAGGAAUCCAAUAUCUCUAUUCAGACCAGGUCUCUCCAUAGUUUUCAGUUGAGUAAUAAGUUGCAAUUCAGCAACUUCUCUUUCAAGUCUAUUUCUGAAAUUCUUUGGUCAUAAGACAGCUGCUUGGAGAUUCUGCGUUGAAUGUCCUGGGAGAUGGAAGUGUUCUCCUACUGCAGUGAAUGGGCAAACUUGGCCCCCCAGCUGUUUUGGGACUACAAUUCCCAUCAUCCCUAGCUCACAGGACCAGGGGUCAGGGAUAAUGGGAAUUGUAGUCCCCAAACAGCUGGAGGGGCAAGUUGGGCCACCACUGCUCUAGAUCAGGCAUGGCCCAACUUAGCCCUCCAGCUGUUUGGGCACUACAACUCCCAUCAUAACUAGCUCACAGGACUGGCGGUCAGGGAGGAUGGGAGUUGUAGUCCCCAAACAGCUGGAGGGCCAACUGGCUUCUCUGCCGUGUGAUUCCUGAUUUCAGAUUGAUGCCCAUUUAUCCUUUGGCAUAGAGUCUGGCCUGUUUGCCCAAUAUAGGGAGCCGAAGGGCACUGCUGGCAUUUGAUGGCAUACACAGUGUUAGAAAAUGAGCAGUGAAAUAGGCCUGAGAUGGGAUCACGUUCUGAUACCCAUGUCCAUGUUAAGUCUGCUUUCUGUAUUAUUGUGGGUGAGGAGUUUUAGAACUAUGAGCUUUUGAUUUUUAGAGACAUCUCUGCACAAGGAGCAGGUUUGAAUACAGUCGUACCAGCAAGUUUCUCCCCUCCUUUUUUUAUUUAGCCAAAAAAAAUUACAUAUAUAAUAUGUAUAUAUUACAUAUCCAACAAAAGAAGGAAAGAUAGAAAAAAAGAAAAAUGAAAGAAAAAGAAACUAGAAAUGAAACAGUAUCCAAUAAACUUCUUUGUAAGGAAUACAAGCCAUCCUUUCUCCUAUUAGUUAUUUCUUACAGGUUUUUAUAAUUAUAACAUUUCCUCUUAUGACUUCAGGCUCAACUCCCUAAUUUGUAUCUUGACUUCCUUCCCCACCCACCAGCGGUUCCUAAUAAAUCAUAUUUUGUUUGUCUGUUUUCUCUUAGUAAGUCUAUGGAUUGCCUGUGGUAUUUUAGGCUACGCCAAGUCAAGAGAAGUACUGAGAACCACCUUUUUUCAUGUAGUUUAUAAAAACAACCCAUUCUCUCUUUAUUCUCACAUUUGAGUGAUUUCUUAUUUGUAAGUUGAGCUAGUUCUAGAUACUCGCUAAGUUUUAAGAGCCAUUCUUCUUUUGUCGACAAUAUGUUGUUUUUCCAGGGUUUUGUAAUCAUGAUCCUGGCGGCCCUAGUCGCAUAUAGAAAGACUCUUUUUAUUGUCCUUUGGAAUGUCCAUUGUGAAAAUUCCUCAUAAAAAUAAUUCUGGUUUUUUUGACAUGAUAUACGAAGAAAUUUUAAAAAAUGAUGAGACAUACCAGCAAGUCUUGCAUGAAGCCUGCCGCCGGAAAUACAUUGUGGAUUUUUGCUGUAAUAACUGUGAUUGUGGUCUGUUUUACAGUUGCUGCAGCCCAGGUGUUAGCAGAAGAAAGAAGAAGCCAAAGUGGUGCUAGUCCUGUUCCACUCCAAUCUCCAGCUGGUAUGAAAUCUUCAACCAGGCCAGGUAAAAUUCUUGCUUCAAUAAUAAUAAAAAAAAAUUCCAUUCCUGUGGCUACCUUGGUUGUGGCUCUUUGCAUCCUUCCGCUUUUUAGUUCACGAAUCUGUGCUGCUACUUUUUAAGUUGCAUAUUCUCCUUCUCAAAAGAGUCCCAUUUUGACAUAUUUCAAAAGCUCGGUAGGAAUUGGUCUACUUGGGCCAGUGAAGAUGCUGUUUUUGUUUUGCAAAGCAGGAAAUGACCACAUGGGUAAGCAACCUUAGGCCUGGGGGCCGGAUCCAGCCCAGUGGCCUUCUCAGUCCAGCCCGCAGAUGGUCCAGGAAUCAGCGUGUUUUUACAUGAGUAGAAUGUGUGCUUUUAUUUAAAAUGCACCUCUGGGUUAUUGGUGGGGCCUGCCUGGUGUUUUGACAUGAAUAGAAUGUGUGCUUUGAUUUAAAAUGCAUCUCUUUUUUUGUGGGGCAUAGGAAUUCGUUCAAUUUUUUCCUCCAAAAUCUAGUCCGGCCCCCACAAGGUCUGAGAGACAGUGGACUGGCCCUCUGCUGAAAAGGUUUGCUGACCCCUGCAUUUACUUUUCUCUUAAAAUAAUCUUUAUUAUACAUCAGUUUACAUAGUGCUUAACAAAUAUGAUACAAUACAUUACAUAUAAUACAUACCCAACACACCUACAAAUCCUACGUGAACACCACAAAUACUCGACUUCCAACGCUUCUCUUUAUACUUUAUUGCCAGUCUUACCUCUACCAGACAUGGCCCAACUUGCCCCUCCAGCUGUUUGGGGACAUCAUCCCUAGCUAACAGGACCAGUGCUCAGGGAUAAUAGGAAUUGUAGUCCCCAAACAGCUGGAGGGCCACAUUUGGCCAUGCCUGAGUUAAUAUCUUAGAAUCAUAGAAUCAUAGAAUCAUAGAGUUGGAAGAGACCACAAGGGCCAUCGAGUCCAACCCCCUGCCAAGCAGGAAACACCAUCAGGGCACUCCUGACAUAUGGUUGUCAAGCCUCUGCUUAAAGACCUCCAAAGAAGGAGACUCCACCACACUCCUUGGCAGCAAAUUCCACUGUCGAACAGCUCUUACUGUCAGGAAGUUCUUCCUAAUGUUUAGGUGGAAUCUUCUUUCUUGUAGUUUGGAUCCAUUGCUCCGUGUCCGCUUCUCUGGAGCAGCAGAAAACAACCUUUCUCCUCCUCUAUGUGACAUCCUUUUAUAUAUUUGAACAUGGCUAUCAUAUCUCCCCUUAACCUCCUCUUCUCCAGGCUAAACAUGCCCAGCUCUCUUAGCCGUUCCUCAUAAGGCAUCGUUUCCAGGCCUUUGACCAUUUUGGUUGCCCUCCUCUGGACACGUUCCAGUUUGUCAGUGUCCUUCUUGAACUGUGGUGCCCAGAACUGGACACAGUACUCCAGGUGAGGUCUGACCAGAGCAGAAUACAGUGGCACUAUUACUUCCCUUGAUCUAGAUGCUAUACUCCUAUUGAUGCAGCCCAGAAUUGCAUUGGCUUCUUAGCUGCCGCGUCACACUGUUGGCUCAUGUCAAGUUUGUGGUCAACCAAGACUCCUAGAUCCUUUUCACAUGUACUGCUCUCAAGCCAGGUGUCCCCCAUCUUGUAUUUGUGCCUCUCAUUUUUUUGCCCAAGUGCAAUACUUUUACAUUUCUCCCUGUUAAAAUUCAUCUUGUUUGUUUUGGCCCAGUUCUCUAAUCUGUCAAGGUCAUUUUGAAGUGUGAUCCUGUCCUCUGGGGUGUUCGCCACCCCUCCCAAUUUGGUGUCAUCUGCAAAUUUGAUCAGGAUGCCCUUGAGUCCAUCAUCCAAGUCGUUGAUAAAGAUGUUGAAUAACACCGGGCCCAAGACAGAACCCUGUGGCACCCCACUAGUCACUCCUCUCCAGGAUGAAGAGGAACCAUUGAUGAGCACCCUUUGGGUUCGGUCAGUCAGUCAUCUUGACCCUGCUCCACUGAAAAGCAUUGGGUGUUCAGUAGGACGGUUCAUUAAAAAACUUUAUUUUGAAAAUGCCUGCUGCAAAGGUCUUAUCUUACUACACUAGGAAUUAUAUGGCUAUUUCUGACGCGGGUGGCACUGUGGAUAAAACCUCAGUGCCUAGGACUUGCUGAUCGUAAGGUCGGCGGUUCGAAUCCCCGCGGAGGGGUGAGCUCCUGUCGUUCGGUCCCAGCUCCUGCCCACCUAGCAGUUCGAAAGCACCCCUAAGUGGCUGUAGAUAAAUAGGGACCGCUUUAUAGCGGGAAGGUAAACAGCGUUUCCGUGUGCUGCGCUGGUGCUGGCUCGCCAGAUGCAGCUUCGUCACGCUGGCCACGUGACCCAGGAGUGUCUUCGGACAGCGCUGGCUCACGGCCUCUUGAGCGAGAUGAACGUGCAACCCUAGAGUCGGACACGACUGGCCCGUAUGGGCAGGGGUACCUUUAUCUGAAAUUUCAUACAUAUCAGUUAAUAUCUUGACCCUCCUCCAUGAAAAUAGCUGUUUACUUGGCCAUUUUCCUAUGUCGUGAAGGCUGAAAUGUCAAUUCAGCGGAGCAGGGUCAAGAUAUUAACUGAUACAUUUUGUAUAUUUCAAAUAUACACCUGGACUUGUUUUGAUUAAUUUCUACAGGAGACUUUGUGGUUUUUUAAGUCAUAAUUAGGAAAAAUGGUAAUAAUCGCAUAUAAAAGAAACAGUAUACAAGAAGUAAAUAGGAUAAAGGAAGUCUUUUAUUUUUAUGUUAUGUUUUCUUUGUGUAAGGGGAUAGAAGUUUAAUUUUGAUAAUUAAAUUGUCAACGGUGGUGGGUUUGUAUGUACAAGUUUUUGUGGGCUAUGUUGUAAAUAAAGUAUUUAAAAUUUUUUAAAAAGUUAUUAACGAUAUGCACGAAAUUUCAGAUAUAGCUGUAUAACCCUUAGUGUAGUAAGAUAAGACCUUUGGAGCAGGCAUUUUCAAAAAAGAGCUUUUUAUGAACCACCCUAAUUCUGAUGUUAACCAGUAUCCCUGCACAUCAGGCUGGAGUUGCACUCCUGGGAAAAGAAAAUUGCGCCCAUUGGUCACUUGUUCCUCCAGAAAUCUCAGCCCUGUAACCAGUUCAACUUUGCCGUCCUUUCCAGUGAUCGAUGGUUCCACUUUGAGAACAGAAGAGAGGCAAAGGCUGGCCAGGGAACGGAGAGAGGAGCGCGAGAAGCAGCAAGGUAGGCAUAUAUUUAAAUGUAUGGAUAAAAAAUGCAGCCUGUUGCAUUUGUGUGGCAGACAGGGUGGAUCUGAUUUCAAUCAAAUCAAUUUAAAUCACUAGUCAGUCAGACCUGAUUUAAAUCACUAGUCAGUAAGACUUGAUUCAAAUCAAUUUAUUUUACAGAAAGGUUCAGCCUUGCUGGCAUCCUCUUAAUCUGGACAAGCAGAGGAAGGUUUCAUUUUUGGAAGAAUAAAUUUUCAGAGUGGUUUUGACAGUUCUAUCAAACAUGACUGAUUUGGUUCUAAUCUUAGAAAUACAUUGACAGAUAAUGAUGAAAUGAUGGUGAAGUUUAAUAAAUUAACUGCUUCUAUUUGGAGAGCUUUUCUGCUAUACUCGAUUGGAAGGAGAAAAAGACGCAUUCCCUUCAUAACCAUUUAAACAAUUUAUUUACCUAAAACAAUAGCAUCAUGGCAUCUAUGUUUGUUAACUGAUGUGUUUAAACAAUUUUUUUUAAAAAGUCUUAGUUUUAGCACACAUGAAAAACUUAAAAGAAAUCCUUAUUUCCUGAUGAAUAAUUGCCUUUGGACUAGAAUGUCACUUAAAUAGAAAAUCUUUAGAAAGAUUUUUCCUCCAAAAGCAUUUUAUUUUAAAAAUCUGAUUUACAUUUUUUAAAAAAUUGAUUUAAAUUUUUAAAAUCCGAUUUUUAAAAAUUUUAUUUUUUUAAAAUCAUUGAUUUUUAUCCACCCUGGUUGAAAUUUGCAGCUGCCAAAGAAACUCAAAUAUUGGAAAAGGAGAAGAAGGCCAAGCUCCAGUAUGAGAAGCAAAUGGAGGAGAGGCAGAGAAGACUGAAGGAACAGAAGUUGAAAGAGCAACAAAGGAGAGUAGCAGUAGAGGAAAAGCGGAAACAGAAGCUGGAGGAGGACAAGGUAUUGUAGAGCUGGCCAAACUUGGCCCUCCAGUUGUAGUCUCAAAACAGCUGGAGGGCCAAGUUGGGCCAUGCCUGCAUUAGAGAGACACUAUGAUAGUGGCACUAGUUAUAGCUGUCUUAAUCGUCUUUUAGAGAAUAAGGCAGGGCUGUCAACCGGCUGCCCGCAAUUUAUUGCAAUUUCUCACACUUUCCGUUUUAUUUUUGUUUUAAUUUUUAAAAAUCUUUAUUAAACAUUCAAACAUUACAUACAUAAAAAUAAACAAUGUAACCUGUAUACAAACUCCAUGUACAAACUCCAUAUACAAACUUUGCUAAGAAAGGAAAAAAAGGAAAAGGAAAAAAUUGAAGAGUAGUAAUAAUAAUAAUAAUAUAUCGUUUCUCCCCCACCCAUCUGGCUGGGUUUUCCCAGCUACUCUGGGCGGCUCCCAACAGAAUAAUAAUAAUAAUUAUUAUUAUUUAAAAUUUCUACCCCGCCCAUCUGGCUGGGUUCCCCCAACCACUCUGGGCGACUUCCAACAGAAUAUUAAAAUACAGAUCAAGGAUGAAAUCAGUAAAACAGACUUCUGCUUAUUCUCAUUAUACCAUAUUUCAAUUUGUAAUUUUACACACAGUGUCUUUUUGCGAUUUCUUAGUUCUUAUCAAAAGGUCCUUUUAUUUGUCACCUUUCAGUUACAAGAGUUAAUCUAUGUCUGCCAGAAGUUUUUUGUUAUCCCCAUCAGUAUUCAAAUAUUCUUUCAAUACUACCCAUUCUUUAUUCACCUUCUAUGUUGAGUAUCCUCGAAGUCUCCCUGUCAUUUUUGCCGGUUGUAUAUAUUCUACCAUUUGGGCCUGCCAAUUGGUUUUUGUGGGAAUAUUUUCACUUUUCCAAUUCCUCACCACUCAAAUUCUGGCUGCUGUCGGUGCAUACAUGAGGAGUGGUCUAACCUUUUUCUUAAUUUCUGUUGGCAUGAUUCCUAAUAGGAGGGCCUCCGGGUUUUUUGUAAAUGGGAAUUUGAGUAUCCUUUUCAGUUUAUUAUAUAUAUAUUGUGACUAUUUCCUCCUUGCACUAAACUGGGAUUCCCAGAAGCAACUGGCUGCCCAGUGCCCAGAACAAGAUGACUAGAUGGGCCAUUGGUCUGAUCAAGCAAGUCUGCUCUCCAUUUUUUUUGUAAAUGGGAAUGUGAGUAUUUUUUAAAAAUCAUUAUAUAUACCGUAUUUUUUUCGUCUAUAAGACAUCCCAUGUAUAAGAUGCCCCUUAUUUGAGGGGGACUCAGAUUUAAGAAAAUGGGGGGAGAUGGCCCCGUAUAUAAGAUGCCCCCUAAUUUUUGAUAUUAUUUUUUAGGGAAAAAACCUAGUCUUAUACACGGGGAAAAACGGUAGUGUCCCAAAAUUCUCUUAUUUUCUUGCAUUCCCAUCACAUACUUAAAAAGCUUUCUUUGACCUGCCCCCUUAAGAAAAGUUCAACAACCUUGACCUGCCCCCCUAAAAAAACUCAACAACUUUGGUCUGCCCCCCUAAAUAAACGCUUGUCAACUCUGAACACCCCCCUAAAAAAUGGGUAGAUCACUGCCAGUCUCCCCACCCCCCCCACCCCCGGAAGUAGAUCACAGUCUCUUGGGAGUCGAAUGUCCCUGGCAUAAGGGACAACUUGGAAGGGGUCACAAUGCCCACAAUCAUCCCUUCAUUGCAUCUCGUGUGUGUGUGUGUGUGUGUGUGUGUGUGUGUGUAUAAAAUUAAUCAAGAAAAAAAACAAGAGAGAAAUAGGAAAAACAAAAUCCAUAUACACAAAAAUAAAAAACUAUCAUUUACACCCUUGUGGCUUCCCUCCACCGCAACCCGACAUCUUGUAUGUUAUAAAUGCUUUAACAUUGUGUCUUGUAGGAAUCAAUGUAAAGCCAUUACAGUGGUACCUCGGGUUAAGUACUUAAUUCGUUCCGGAGGUCUGUUCUUAACCUGAAACUGUUCUUAACCUGAAGCACCACUUUAGCUAAUGGGGCCUCCUGCUGCUGCCGCGCCGCCAGAGCACAGUUUCUGUUCUCAUCCUGAAGCACUAUUUCUGGGUUAGCGGAGUCUGUAACCUGAAGCGUAUGUAACCUGAAGCGUAUGUAACCCGAGGUACAACUGUAUUAAUUUUGCCUUAGUUUCGAACAUCUUGACAUACUUAUUCUAUGCAUAUCAAUAUGUUAUCCUUAGAACAGUGUUUUUUCAUAUUAACAGGUUGGUCAUUGCAUCCCUUAAAAAUAUCUAGAAGUGGUUGCAGUUACAACGCUCCUUUAAUCAUUCCAUUCGGACUGAUUCAGUUCACAACUAGUGAAUUUGGAAGAUGUUUUGCUUUUGUGUGUGUGUGUGUGUGUGUGUGUGUGUGUGUAUUGAGUUUGACAAUUUAAUCAACAUAACAUAAAUCACAGAAAGAAAUAAACAUAUUUCCCUUUCUGCCAGCCCAACUUCCCCUUCUGAUUCUUUCUAAUCUUUUAUCCUUAUGCCUAUUUUAAACAAGAUUAGUUUAAAAUAUGCAGAAUGAGAAAAUAUUAGAAAGAAUAUUUCUAAUUUCUAAGAAUAAUAUCAUUCCCCUUUACCCAAAUCCUCUAUUUUUUUCAAAAAAAUUAUACCAAGCCAUUAAAAUCCUAUAUUAUGCUUGUUUUUAUAUAAUAUAUAUAGAUAUAUAUAGAUAUAUAUAUCUUUAUUAAACAUUCAACACGUAUUUACCCAACAAUUUACCAUAUUACAAUUUAUGCAUGUACAGUGGUGCCUCGCAAGACGAAAUUAAUCCUUUCCGCGAGUCUCUUCGUCUUGCGGUUUUUUCGUCUUGCGAAGCACGGCUAUUAGCAGCUUAGCGGCUAUUAGCGGCUUAAAGAAAAAGGAAACGAACUCGCAAGACGUUUUGUCUUGCGAAGCAAGCCCAUAGGGAAAUUUGUCUUGCGGAACGACUCAAAAAACGGAAAACUCUUUCGUCUAGCGAGUUUUUCGUCUUGCGAGGCAUUCGUCUUGCGGGGCACCACUGUACACUACACAGAAAAAAAAGAAAAUAAAGAAUAAAGAUAAGAAAGAUAAAAUAAACUUCCGAUUGUUCUCAAAAAACUGAAUCUCAUUUGUUAUUUUUUACACAGUAUCAUGUUCUUUUACUUUGUUUCCUUAAUUUUCUUCAGAGAAAAAUUAUUUAGUUUAUUAUCUAUACAUUACAAGAAUCAUUCAAGGUCUGCCAGGAGAUUUUUGCUAUCAUAGUAGUUUUUCAAAUAUUCUUUAUUUGAGCGUGGAAUAUUUAAUAUUUAAGCUUGUCUGUUUAAGCUUAAUAUUUUAAAUUUUAAAAAAUCUGAUUUAAAUUUUAAAAAAUCCAAUUUUUUAUUUUUUAAAUCAUUGAUUUUUAUCCACCCUGUUAAAAGUCCUCUAGAGAGGGAUUCUUACCCUGUUUAGGGAAUUUUUAAACGUUUAAUGUUGUAUUGUGUUUUUGAUAUUCGAUUGGGAGCCACCCAGAGUGGCUGGGGGAACCCGGCCAUAUGGGUGGAGUAUAAAUAAAUUAUUAUUAUUAUUAUUAUUAUUAUUAUUAAUGCAUAUAUUUUAUAUCUAUAGCAAUAUCUUAUCUAUCAUCUAUAUCUAUCUAUCUAUCUAUUUAGCUAUCAUCUAUCUAAUGACUUCAUUAAAUAAAUUUUAACAUAAUCAAACAUUCAAAUUACAUUUUACAAUUUCAGUGAACCACCCCCUGCCAUGACUUCCCCCAACUUCCCUUUCUGAUUUACAGUGGUGCCUCGCAAGACGAAAUUUAUUCGUUCCGCGAGUUUUUUCGUCUAGCGAAUUUUUCGUCUUGCGAAGCACGGUUUCCCAUAGGAAUGCAUUGAAAUUCAAUUAAUGUGUUCCUAUGGUCAAAAAAAGUCCAAUCAAAGCCAAAUUUGAUACAACAAUAGUUUAUUAACUGCUCUUUAAAGUCACACAUACUUUAAAGAGCAUAUCAAAAAUUGAAGGAACAAUAAAUUAAGUUUCUAAACGUGACAGGAAAAACAUUUAAAAAUCAAAAAGGGUACAUUACAUUUUCUAAGACUCUGGGGAUCACUCGAAGAAGGUUCCUCUUCCACUCUUUGCUUCUUGCUGAGGAACCUGUCCAUGGUCUGCUGCUUCAUCCGCCUUUUCAGCAGCUCCCUGAGAGGCAACAUGACCGUCAGUAUCAAAAGUGUUCGCUUGGUCAUGUGCCACGUGCUUGUUAGGGUGCUGCCGCUCUGCAAAAGCCUGCACCUCCUUCCACUUCUGGCAAAUGUCCCUCAGUUCUUUGGAGGACAGCCGUUCCUCAGUUGCUUCCUCCUCUUCCAGCGAGGCCUGCUCCUGCGCAACCUCUGACUGCAGUUCAACCAGCUCCUGGGUGAUCAGCUCGUGGUUGUGCUCCUCCACCAGCUCGCAGACGUCCUCCUCUGUGACCUCCAGGCCCAUGGUCCUCCCCAAGGCAACAAUGUCCUGCACCACUGUUGACUCUGGUGCAUCAGAGUCACUUGGUGCCACACAGUCCGGCCACAGGCUGCGCCAAGCGCAAUUCAAAUUUCUCUGGCUGAUCCCGUUCCAGGCCGUGGUGAUCAUCUUCAAGCAGGUGACAAUGUCGAAGUGGUCCUUCCAGAAUUCCCGCAGGGUGAUGGUGAAGCAUCGCCUGAAAAGCUCCUUGGUGUAGAGUUUUUUGAAAUUGGCGAUGACCUGCUGAUCCAUCGGCUGGAGCAGUGGCGUGGUGUUAGGCGGCAGGAACAUGAUGUUGAUGAAGCUGAACUCCUCCAACAAGUCCACCUCAAGGCCUUUAGGAUGAGCAGGAGCAUUGUCCAUCAGAAGCAAAGCCUUCAGCGGCAGGUCGUUGUCCAGCAGGUACUGUUUGACAGCAGGGCCAAAAGCAAGAUUGACCCAGUCCACAAACAGCACAUGUGUGACCCAAGCCUUGCUGUUGGAUCGCCACAUGACACUCAGCCGCUCCUUGUCGACCUUGUGUUUCUUGAAGGCCCGUGGGUUCUCCGAGUGGUACACCAGCAGGGGCUUGAUCUUCAGGUCGCCGCUUGCGUUGGCACAGAAGAGCAGGGUCAGACGGUCCUUCAUGGGCUUGUGGCCAGGCAACUUGGCCUCCUCCUGUGUGAGGAAAGUCCUUUUGGGCAUCCUCUUCCAAAACAGCCCGGUCUCGUCGCAGUUGAAGACCUGCUGUGGAACGUAGCCCUCCGUCUUCACAACCUCCAGGCAAAGUCUUCAGCCGCAGGAACAUCAGAACUGGCAGCCUCUCCAUGCCUGACCACGCUGUGGAUUCCAGAUCUUGCCUUGAACCGGUCAAACCAGCCUCUGCUUGCCUUGAAGACUUCUGGCUCACCUGAGGUUCCUGGCUGUUCCCGGAUGAGGUCUGCGUGCAAGGCCUUGGCCUUCUCACAAAUGACGGCCUCAGUCACUGUGUCCCCUGAACGCUGCUUCUCUUCUAACCAGAUGAGCAGCAACUUCUCGACCUCCUCCAGAACAGCUGGGCGGUUCUUCACGAUCCUGGUGACUCCCUUGGCUGCAUCAGUCGCAAGGAUCUUCUCCCUCAUCUUCAGGAUGGUCCCGAUGGCCGAUGGGUUUCUGCCGUACUCCCUGGCGAGGUCCGUCACACGCAUUCCACCGUCGUGCUUCCGGAUGAUCUCCUUCUUCAUUUCCAGCGUCACCUUCUCCUUCUUCCUCUCGCCGGCCUCCGCAGCAGCAGCAGUCGUCUUGGGUCCCAUGGCAGCGCAGCUGUUACCUUCGUAAACUCAGAAAAAGAAAAAGAAAAUCAGCAAUUCAAACCCAGAACCAAGUCCUUGAAUUCCAAACACCCAACCCAAAAUCCAAAAACCCCAAAAAAAGUUUUAAAAGUUUAACUUACGAAAUGGCUGCAAAUCACCAAAGUCUUCAAAAUCCUCAAAUGGCUGCAAAGAAGUUUUGGGAAAGCUUUAAAAAUCACCAAAGUCUUCAAAAACCUCAACUGUUCCCCCAGCCCCUCCCCAACUGUUGCAAACCCCUCCUCAACUGUUCCCCCAUCCACCCAGCACACAGAAAUUCAAAACCCAGAAAUUUUUUUCAAAAAACAACAACAUGGCCCAAUGGUCACAGAAAACCAUAAAAAUUAAAAAAAAACCACACAAGCUCCCAGAUUCUUGCAAACCCCUCCCCAGCUGUUCCCCCAUCCACCCAGCACACAGAAAUUCAAAACCCAGAAAUUUUUUCAAAAAACAACAACAUGGCCCAAUGGUCACAGAAAAUCAUAAAAAUUCAUAAAAAAACCACACAAGCUCCCAGAUUCUUGCAAACCCCUCCUCAACUGUUCCCCCAUCCACCCAGCGCACAGAAAUUCAAACCCAGAUUUUUUUUCAAAAAAAAAAAUAAACAUGGCCCAAUGGUCACAGAAAAUCAUAAAAAUGCAGAAAAAAACCACACAAGCUCCCAGAUUCUUGCAAACCUCUCCCCAACAUCAAGUCCUUGAAUUCUAAACACCCCAACCCAAAAUCCAAAAAACCCCAAAAAAGUUUUAAAAGUUUAACUUACCAAACAGCUGCAACAGAAGUUUUGGAAAAGCUUCAAAAAUUCAGCAAACUCUUUAAAAAGCUCAAAAAGGCCACCACACCGCGUGCAAUGUGUUGCUCCUCGAAGUCAAGUCGCAACUGCACCUCUUCCAGCAAUGCACCCUGGGUAUUAACGGUUUUACGAAAAAGGAAACAAACUUGCAAGACGUUUUCGUCUUGCGAAGCAAGCCCAUAGGGAAAUUCGUCUUGCGAAGCAACUCGAAAACGAAAAAACCUUUCGUCUUGCGAGGCGUUCGUCUUGCGGGGCACCACUGUAUAACAUCUCUGUUUCAUCUGCUUAAAUUUUUGUAUUCCUUAUCUGUUAAAAUUAAGGUUGGAACAUUUGUCUCUUCUUCUCAUUUUUAACCUCAUAAUUGUAUUUUCUGUUUAUAUUUGUCAUAUAUUAUAUAUGCAUUCAUUAUAAUAAUUUUCCAGAGAGUGACGCGCUCACAGUUUCCGCUGCCUAACUCCAGAGAUUUUUUGAUCAAUAGGAGCGCUAUGAGGCGGUGCUGCAUCGCACCCUGGAGCGGAGCCAGCGGCUGGAAACUCGACAGAAGAGAUGGUCCUGGGGCGGCUCUGUGACUGAUUCAGACGGCAAGCCAGGUAGGUGUCUGGGGCUACCUUUCUGUUGGCCUGGAGAGAUGCUGCCAGCCAGAGGAUUCUUCUUCUUCCCCUCCUCCUUCUUCUCUCCUCCUCCUCCUCCUCUUCUUCUUCCUCUUUUCCUCCUCCUUCGCCUCUCCUCCUCCUCUUCUUCCUCUUUUCCCUCCUUUUCUCUGAUUCUUCUCCUCCUGCUACUCCUCCUCUUCUUCUCUCCUCCUCCUCUUCUUCUCUCCUUCUCCUCCUCCUCCUCCUCCUCCUCCUCUUCUUCUCUUCCUCUUCUCUUCUUCUUUUCCUCCUCCUCCUCCAUCUCUCCUCCUCUUCUUCUCCUCUCCUCCUCCUCCUCGUCUUCUUUUUCCCGUUUUCCUCCUCUGUCUCUCCUCCUCCUCCUCCACUUCUCCUACUCCUCCUCUUCCUCUUUUCCUCCUCCUCCACUUCUUCUCUUCCUCUUCUUCUUUUCUUCUCCUCCUCUUUUCCUCCUCCUCCUCUCUUCUUCUUCCUGUUUUCCUCCUCCGUCUCUUCUCCUCCUCCUCCUCCUCCUCCUCCUCCUCCUCCUCCUCCUCCUCUUCUUUCCCUCCUCCUCUUCCUCUUUUCCUCCUCCUCCUUCUUCUCUUCCUCUUCUUCUUUUCUCCUCCUCCUCUUCUCUUCCUCCUCCUCCAUCUCUCCUCCUCCUUUUCCUCUUCCUCUUUUCUCCUCCUCCUCCUCUUUUCUUCUUCUUCUUCUUCUUCUUCUUCUUCUUCUUCUUCUUCUUCUUCUUCUUCUUCUCUCCUCCUCCUCCUCCUCCUCCUCCUCCACCUUCUCCUCCUUCUCUUCUCUUCUUCUUUUCGCCUCCUCCUGCUCCUCCACCUGCUCCUCCUUUUCUUCCCCCUCUUUUUCUUCUUCUCUUCUUUGGCAAUCCCUUUUGUGGGAUUGCAGAGGUCAAUUCUGGACUCACACAUCCUUCAGCAGCAGGGACAUUGGAUUCCAGGCAGGAGUUAAUCCCGGUGUGGAUUUGCCCAGCUUGCCUUCCUGUUCGCCCGUUUCUCCCUCGCAUCCUGAGUUUGAGUGUCUUCAAAGCCCAGGACACAUUUGGUCAAGGCUGUUCUCCAAUUGGAGCGCUCGCAGGCCGGUGUUUCCCAGUUGUUGGUGUUUAUACUACUUUUUUUAGAUUUGCCUUGAGAUCUUUCAACCUCUUUUGUUGACCACCAGCAUUACGCUUUCCAUUUUUAAAUUCAGAAGAGAGUCGUUGCUUUGGAUUUGCUUUGAGACAGUCUUUUAAACGCUGCCGGCCAGAGUAGUCAGUGCUGGGCCAGUUUAGACCACGAGUCUGGCUCCCUGUAAGGCAGCUUUGGAUGUAUGAAAAACUGAGCAUGGGAAUGAAGUGUGGUUUGAUUUAAAAGUAAAGGUGAAGGGUUCAGUAAAUGUGGCCUGUUUAAACUGGCUCUUUCUACAGAAAGCACGGUAGCUUUCCUAUGUCAGUUAUCUUGCAGAUACUUGUUAGACCAGGAGUCAGCAAACUUUUCCAGCAGGGGGCCAGUCCACCCUCCCUCCAGAGAUGCAUUUUAAAUAAACAAAAGGGCACAUUCUACUCAUGUCAAAACAUGCUGAUUCCCAGACCGUCCAUGGGCCGGAUUGAGAAGGCGAUUGGGCCGGAUCCGGCCCCCAGACCUUAAUCUGCCUACCCACAUGUCAGACAUUUGAUUUUCGAAGUUGGCCUGCAGGAGAGAAUGAGUACAGAGUCAGAUCUAGUUAUUUUGAUUAGUGAUAAUGGUUCUUUGAUCCUAAAUAUGGCUGAUUCUCAGUCAUAAGAAUAGAAGAACAGACUUGCUGGAUCAGACCAAUGACAAUAAUAAUAAUAAUAAUAAUAAUAAUAAUAAUAAUAAUAAUAAUAUAUUAUUUAUACCCCACUCAUCUUUAUUAAAAUACAAUAAAAUACAAUAAAACUAGUCAACUUGUUUUUGGCAUUGGCCUGCCAGUUGCUUCCAGGAAUCCCAGUUUAGUGCAUGGAGGAAAUAGCCACCCAUUGCUGUUUACCACCCCCACAACGGCUACUCGGAGGAACUUUCUGUUUGAGCCUGGACAUUCACUUAGCUAUCAUGGCUAAUUCCCUUUCCUGACAACAACAACAACAACAACAACAACAACAACAACAACAACAACAACAACAGUAUAAUAACAACAACAAUAGUAUAAUAUGAACAUCUUCUGCCAUCCAGUGUUGGCAGUACUGAACUAGGUGAACCCAAUGCUCUGACCCAGUAUAAGACAGCUUCCUAUGUUGUACUGGCAGAUUGGGGAUUUAACUAAUGUUACAUCUUGUAAUGGGAUUGUUCAAUAAGAGUGCCAGUUAUUUAAGAUUAAGAACCUUAAUCCUGCCUUGCCCCUUAUUUCUGAAUGUUUUCCUUGUGAAUUCUCUCAUGCUUGUUUCAUCGUUGUGAUUUUCGUUUACAACCUUUAUUUCACAGAGUCGCCAAUUCCAGAUGAAGGUGGGUCUAGUAUCUAUUUGCCUGCUUGCUAUUAUUUGAACUAACCCCAUUAGCCUUGGCAUUCUCCUUCAAUAGCUGGAUUUAAGCAACGGUAACUUCCUGUCUGGAACGGUGUUGCUUAGAGGCCUUCCGUAACCCACACAGAGCUGCGUUCCUCUUAACCAGGCAAUUGCUUGCAUGCAACUGACUUGCUACUUCCUCUUUGAGAUCGAAAGAAUUCAUAUGACCUGCUUGCUCAUAAGAUUAUUGUAUACACUGCAUGAAAACCUUAGGCAUGGCCCCUUGGAAUAUUCUCUGGUGUCUGGUGUAAUAUAGCCUAGAUGCUGCCUCCAGUAUAGGAACUCCUUACCUGCCUACCUGUUCACCCACCCAAUCUGCUACCCUGCUAUUUCUAUGAACUGAAUCAGAGACCCCAGAGUUGCAUGUCCCAGGCAGACAUCCUUUUAGGAGUUGUGCCUGUGUCUCAAGAGUUGGAAUGAAUGAAUGAAUCUUUAUUUGUGUCAGCCAUCAGCCAUAGCAACAAAACAGGAAUGCAAUAUACAGAGAACAGAAAUCAAAAGUCGAUGGUAUAAAAGACACUUUAGGGUCCUCAAUCAGCAGCCAAAUAGUGGAUCUUCUGAUGGCCCCAGCUCAAAACCUGGCAGCCUUUGCUGUCCUCUGCUCCUCUUGACCUGCCAAGAGGAAGGAGACUGGCAGUGGUUGGGUGACCUGGAAUGGACAAUAAAAGAGGGGUGAGAAUCUCAUUCCUCAAGUCUUUAUAAAGAGUGCAGACCAGAUAGCAAAAUUCAUGUGAAAUGGCUGUUUUAGGGGUUGUUUUUCAAAGUCUCCAAUGGAGUAAUAUAUUUUGCAUUCCUUUCUAUGGGAAAGCACACCUUGGUUUUGGAAUGCUUUGGUUUCCGGAACAGAUUCAGUUUGAGAACUUAAAUCUACCCUGUGCUAAAGUAAUAAUUCCUUUUUUCAGGCAGCAAGCGCUCUACCUCCUCAGCAAACCUUAAGCAAGCGGAAACUGUCAUCAAUAAGCGCCUUUCAUCCUCAGCAGCACGUCUGAAUUCUCCCAGCAAGGGUGAGUGUAUGUUUGCAAAACAGCAACAGCAUAGUAUGCUUUUCCACCUUUACACCUCUUCGUGAUAUUUUGGUCUUAAAUUCCCUUUUUUGACUCAAUUUGUUAACCCAGCGGACAGUGCAUAUCUCCACCCAUUGGUUGCUGGAUGUGACAAGGUCCCUUAGAACAGAAGAGUCAUGGUAGACACUUUGCAGACCCCCUCAGUUCUGGAAUUCAGAAAGCCAAAUUAUUACCCCUGAUUUCUCUGGUUUGCCAGAAGCGGCUUAGUCAUGCUGGCCACAUGACCUGGAAGCUGUACGCCGGCUCCCUCGGCCAAUAAAGCGAGAUGAGCGCCGCAACCCCAGAGUCAGUCACGACUGGACCUAAUGGUCAGGGGUCCCUUUACCUUUACCUUUAUUUACAACAUAGUCCACAACAACUCAUACAUACAAACAAACCCACCACCAUUGACAAUUUAAUUAUCAAAAUUAAACUCCUAUCCUCUUACACAAAGAUAACAUAAAAAUAAAAGACUUCCUUUAUCCUGUAAAUGGCCUCCUUAUUUACUUCUUGUAUACUAAUUCUUUUGUAUGGGAUUAUUACAAUUUUUCCUAAUUAUGAUUUAAAAAACCACAAAGUCUCCUGUAGAAAUUAAUUGAAACAAGUCCAGGUGUAUAUUUUGGGGCACUUUUUGGGAAAGUAUUCUCUGCAUUUUCCCCAUUCUUUUUGGAAUUCUUAUCUGGAUUGUCCCCUAAUCGUCUCUGUUAAUCUGGCCAAUUCAGCAUAAUCUAAUAAUUUAUCCUGCCAUUCCUUUUUUGUUGCCACCUACUCUUCCAUACUAACCCAUCAGGAUUUGCAUGCUGUCAAUCACAAGCACUACCAUUUGACCCAAGACUUAAGUACUGUGUUUUUCCGUGAUUAAGACUAUAUUUCCCCCCAAAUUUUUGAAGUUUAAAAUUGGGGGUAGUCUUGUACACAGAAUGUUGCCAUUCAUUAUUUCUUCAUUUUGGGCUCAAAAAAGAGGGGUCAUCUUAUACAUGGGGGUGUCUUCUACACGGAAAAGGACAGUAGUCAGGUGUCUGAAAAUUGGUGGCGGUUUUUCCCCCCUUUCCUUUUUUUUCCUUUUCCUUUUUUAAAAAAAAUAUUUAUUUAAAUAAUACAGCAAAAAUAGAACAACAGAAAAGAAUGAAAUGAAAUUGAGAGAAGAAAAAACACAGUUCAAAAACAUUGAAAACAAAUAUUUUUCGCUCCAUAAGACGCACCUAGUUUUUAGAGGAGGAAAACAAGAAAAAAAUAUUCUGAAAGAAACAGUGGACGUAUGAUUUUUGUGGUGAAUGCUGUGGCCACAGACAUGUGAUUUGACAGUGAGUUUGGGGUAGCCCAAUGCAAAAAUCCUGAGAAUCCUUGUGGAUCCGUUCUUUGUAACCACGUUUCUGUGCCAUUGCGGCCCCAGGCAACAGUGGGUGCGUGAUUUUUUGGUUCAGGCUGUAGCCAUGGAUAUUCUAUGUGAUCUGAUGGUGAAUUUGGGGUGGCCCAAUACAAAAAUCCUGAGGAUUCAUGUGGAUCUGUGCUUUGUAACCACGUUUUUGCACCAUUGCGGCCCCACAAAACAGUGGGUGCGUGAUUUUUUUGGUGCAGGCUGUAGCCAUGGACAUGUUAGGUGAUCUGACGGUGUAUUUGGGGUGACCCAAUGCAAAAAUCCUGAGGAUCCAUGUGGAUCCGUGCUUUGUAAUCAGGUUUUUGCACCAUUGCGGCCCCACAAAAAAGUGGAUGCGUGAUUUUUUUGGUGCAGGCUAUAGCCAUGGACAUGUUACGUGAUCUGAUGGUGAAUUUGAGGUGACCCAAUGUAAAAAUCCUGAGGAUCCCCCCUCCCAGGCAGCCUCCUUUAUCGCGUCCCUUAUCUCUUUCCCUUAUCGCUUACCAAUCAGCUGCUUCCUUUCAACACCCCCUUCUCUCUUGUUUGCCUUAGUGUCUUUUCCUCAGCUGGAGCAGUUUUUUGCUCCUCCUUUUCGUCUAAUUUCUCUCCUCAUUGCUUUAGUCUUCCUGUCUCCUCUCCUUGCAAGUUUGCUGUCUUUACCUCCCCCUCACAGGCAGCCUCCUUUAUCGCUAGCGUCCCUUAUCUCGCUCCCCGAUCACUUGCCAAUCAGCGGCUUUGUUUCAACACCCACUUCCCUCUUUCAAAAAAAAGAGCAUGAUCUGCUUUUUGACCCUGGGCAAUUCAGCUCCAGGGACCACGCAUUCGCUCCAUAAGACGCACAGACAUUUCCCCUUACAUUUUAGGAAGAAAAAAGUGCGUCCUAUGGAGCAAACAAUAUGGUACAUGUUGUAUAGUACUCCCCCCACCCACCCGCAGCUUCCCCCCGCUACAAUUCGACUUCUUUAAAUCACUGUCUGCACAUUUAUCCUUGCAUUCUCUGAUCCUGCUGCUAGCAUCCCCAGCCGGCCAUUGCACAAAGUCUAAAGUAGCACGGCAAAGAGAGCAGCCAUAUCAUGCAUACGGUUUGCAACGUACUUCUGUCCGUACGCCCAGUUAUUCUCUGCUGUAUUGUGUGAGGCUUUUCUCACAUAGAGUCAGAUUCCCUCAACCGUUUACUAUUAAAAGUGAGUUAUGUACAUCUCCUGUCCUGAGACUUUCUAGAUUUCACAGACAGCAGGCAAGGUUGUGCAUGGGCUGCACAAGUUCAUACUUCAUGACCACAUAUGGUCAUGUUAACCUCCACCUGCAGAAGAGAAUUACAGAGUCAGAUCUAGUUAUCUUGAUUUGUGAUAAUGGUCCUUUGAUUCUAAAUAUGGCUGAUUCUCAGUCAUAAGAAUAGAAGAACAGACUUGCUGGAUCAGACCAAUGACCCAUCUAUUAACAACAACAACAGUAUAACAACAACAAUAGUAUAAUAAUUUAUUAUUUAUACCCCGGCCAUCUGACUGGGUUUCCCCAGCCACUCUGGGCGGCUCCCAGUUGAAUAUUAAAAACACAAUACAGCAUGAAACAUGAAAAACUUCCCUAAACAGGGCUGCCUUCAGAAGUCUUUUGAAAGUAAGAUAGUUGCUUAUCACCUUGACAUCUGGUGGGAGGGUGUUCCACAGGGUGGGCACCACCACCGAGAAGGCCCCCUGCCUGGUUCCCUGUAACGUCGCUUCUCGCAGGAGAGGGACCCUGGCAUCCAGGGUGGAGACACUCAUUCACGUCUACCGGGCCAAGGCCAUUGAUGGCUUUCAAGGUCAGCACCAACACUUUGAAUUGUGCUUGGAAAUGUACUGGGAGGCAGUGCAGGUCUCUCAGGACUGGUGUUUUAUGGUCUCAGUAAGACUUUAAUUUACAGAAAGGUUCAACCUCACUGGCAUCCUCUUCAAAUUGACCCACAGAGGAAGGUAUCCUUUUGGGAAGAAUGAAAUCCUUGUUUACAGAAAGGUUCAGCCUGCCUCGCCAGCAUCCUCUUAAUACACUUUGAAUUGGGCUCGGAAACGUACGGGGAGCCAGUGCAGGUCUCUCAUGACUGGUGUUAUAUGGUCUCAGCGGUCCCAGUCCCCAGUCUGGCUGCCGCAUUCUGAAUUAGUUGCAGUUUUUGGGUCACCUUCCAAGGCAGACCCAUGUAGAGUGCAUGGCAGUAGUCCAAGCAGGAGAUAACCAGAGCAUGCGCCACUCUGGGCAGGUAGGUCUUAUCCUGCGUCCCAGAUGGAGCUGCGCUGGACACAGAAUGGACCUGUGCCUCCUUGGGUCCAAGAUCACCCCCAGGCUGCGCAGCUGGUCCUUCAGGGGCACAGUUGCCCCAUUCAGGACCACGGAGUCAAACCAUAAUGUAAUAUAAACAAACCCCAGUUUUCUGAGUUGGAUUUAACAGCAGACUGGUUUCCUUAAAAUUUGAAGUGAAAUCUUCUGGUCUUGUGGCCAUAACAGAGAGGAAGGGGUGUGUGCCUGUCAGCCUCGAAUGGGAAGUCAUUGACUUCUGAACUGUUUAGGGAAGUUUUUAAUUAUUGAUGUUUUAAUGUAUUUUUACUCUUUUGUUGGAAGCUGCCAGGAGUGGCUGGGGAAACCCAGCCAGACAGUUGGGAUAGAAAUAAUAAAUUAUUAUUAUUAUUAAUGAACUGGUCCUGAGUCUGUGCUGGGGAAACCCAGCCAGUUGGGCGGGGUAUAAAUAAAAACUGAUGAUGAUGAUCAUAGAAUCAUAGAAUCAUAGAGUUGGAAGAGACCACAAGGGCCAUCGAGUCCAACCCCCUGCCAAGCAGGAAACACCAUCAGAGCACUCCUGACAUAUGGUUGUCAAGCCUCUGCUUAAAGACCUCCAAAGAAGGAGACUCCACCACACUCCUUGGCAGCAAAUUCCACUGUCGAACAGCUCUUACUGUCAGGAAGUUCUUCCUAAUGUUGAGGUGGAAUCUUCUUUCUUGUAGUUUGGAUCCAUUGCUCCGUGUCCGCUUCUCUGGAGCAGCAGAAAACAACCUUUCUCCCUCCUCUAUGUGACAUCCUUUGAUAUAUUUGAACAUGGCUAUCAUAUCACCCCUUAACCUCCUCUUCUCCAGGCUAAACAUGCCCAGCUCUCUUAGCCGUUCCUCAUAAGGCAUCGUUUCCAGGCCUUUGACCAUUUUGGUUGCCCUCCUCUGGACACGUUCCAGUUUGUCAAUGUCCUUCAUCAUCAUCAAUGAUGAUGAUGAUGAAGAUGAACUGGGCCUAAGUCUGGGCAGAUGGUUCAUUCUCUACGUGCUGUAAUUGCACUGAGCCCCCCUGUUACUGUUAUUUUGUGGGAUUGGGACCUAGGAAGUUGCCUUCCCUGCAAUCAGACCAUUGGCCCAUCUAAGUCAAUACUGUUCAUACUAACUAGCGGUAGUUCCUUGCGAUUUCAGAUAGCGGUCUUUCCAGCCCUACCUGGAGACCCCCAGGGGUUGACCCUGGGGUGUUCUCUACAUGCGAAGUAUUGUAUUUUUCUGUGUAUAAGAUGACCCCUCUUUUUUGAGACCAAAAUGAAGAAAUAAUGGAUGGCAACAUUCCGUGUAUAAGACAACCCCCAAUUUUAAACCUUAAAAAAACUGGUGGAAAUACAGUAGAUUUUCUACCAUUGGGAUACUGACCUCUUCCGCACAAGACUGUAUUUGUGAAAUAGAGCAUUUACAAAGCUAAUUAGGGUUGUAGCCAAUUAGAAAGGGUAGUUCACAGGCCCUGAAAAUUAAAAAAAAGUGGUUGAGAAAUUUCCACCCAGCAAUAAUUGCUUUCUGAAUUAAUCGAGAAUGUCCAUCUACGUGGAGUUUUAUACACAUUGCAAUUCAGAUUGAAGAGCGUAAUCAUCUUCUGUCAAUCUUCGUAAUUGGCUUGAUUGAUAUACAUGCUACUAUAUGCAAAGCUAAUCGUGGCACGAUUUUAUCCUUGCAGGCUCAACUAAAAGAAGUUCUUCAUUAAACAGACUGAAUAACAAAGUUCCUCCGAAUUCUGAGCAGCCAGAAUCCAAAGGUUUGCAAGCAGAGCAGAAAGGUGCAAAAAACAGAUUUCCACCCAGCCUGAAAAACAGGAGAAGUGGGAAAAUUGGUUGCUAAUGAAAGCCGUUUUUUAAAUAAACUCUGGUCUUAUUGCUAAGAAUACAGUGGUACCUCUCGGGUUAAGAACUUAAUUUGUUCCAGAGGUCUGUUCUUAACCUGAAACUGUUCUUAACCUGAAGCUAAUGAGUUAACUUUAGCUAAUGAGGUUAAAGUUAACUUUAGCUAAUGAGGCCUCCCUCUGCCGCUGUGCAAUUUCUGUUCUUAUCCUGAAGCAAAGUUCUUAACCCGAGGUUAGCGGAGUCUGUAACCUGAAGUGUCUGUAACCUGAGGUACCACUGUGUUUAAUAUUCAAAUAUAACAGUAAUCCACUGUUAAUGUAAAGCGUGCCAAUCCAUCAGGAUCUUUGCCUACAUUAACUACAUUAAGACGAAAAAGAAAUGUGCAGGCAUACUUAACAUCAGUGGGGUUUCCGCAAGAGGACUGUAUGUCUGUCAUUUGUGCACUAGCACAACAUGUAUACAUAAAAUACAUAAAAAUACAUAAAUACAUAAAAACAUGUAUUUUUACCUGUUUCUUGCUUUGAUAUAAAUUGGGCUUUAAAAUUUUAAAAUUAUUGAGCUUCCCUUAAGAAUAACGUGUUUUAAAUCAUAUGUGAGUGUAGGCCAUGGGUAGGCAAACUAAGGCCCAGGAGCCGGAUCCAGUCCAUUCGCUUCUUAAUCCGGCCCGUGGGCGGUCCGGGAAUCAGCGUGUUUUGACAUGAGUAGAAUGUGUCCUUUAAUUUAAAAUGCAUCUCUGGGUGAUUUGUGGGGCAUAAUAAUUUGUUCAUUCCCCCCCACCAAAAAAAAAUCUAAUCCGGCCUCCCACAAGCUCUGAGGGACAGUGGACCGGCCCCCUUCUGAAAAAGUUUGCUGACCCCUGGUGUAGGCUCUCACUGUCUCUCCAUGAUGUUCUUUCUUUCUAAAUGCACUUUGACUUGCGAUAGUCUCCCAUACUUUGCUUCAUUAGGCUGCUUGCUUUGUUUUUGGAUUUUCUGUUGCAAUCCUCUUUGGUUUCUUCCUGCCCUCCAGCUCGCCGUUCCCAGGUCAGUCCUCUGGAGAGCAACGUGCUCAGCCGCCUGCUUACCCCCACCCAGGCCUCCCUAGCUAGGAGUAAAAGUGCCGCCACUUUAUCAGCUGAUGGCCAAGAUCCCUCAGGUAACAGGGCACCAGGGUGGAUAAAAAUCAAUGAUUUUUAACACAUAUGAUGUGUUAGGAGUGGUGUAUCUGGCCAAUGUGCUUAUUAAACCUCUCCUUCCAACUCAGUGAAAGAUAUAGCAAGGACAGUCAAAAGGGGUUCACCGUAGAAACAUCAAAAUGAGAGGAAAACCUAAUCCAGGCACCCCCAAACUCUGCCCUCCAGCUGUUUUGGGACUACAACUCCCAUCAUUCCUAGCUCACAGGACCAGUGGUCAGGGAUGAUGGAAAUUGUAGUCCCAAAACAGCUGGAAGGCCAAGUUUGGGGGUGCCUGGUCUAAAAAAAAACUCAAACGUUUGUCGGAGAUGUUAAAAACGGGGAGGGUACUUUCAAGUCUAUGUGGUAGGACUGUGUGAGGACAUGAGAAUUUGCGGGUAUAAUCUAUAACGAGGAAGGACAUGCUGUGGAAGUCCAGGUUUGACAACUGUUUGUCUUCAGGGCAGAACGGAAGGGCAGACUUUCUCCGCGUACGCAGGAUAGCAGACUGGGAGUCUUAGCCUGGUAGACAAAAUUCAUCCCUGUUUCUUUGGAUGCACUCACAUCCAGCCCACUUUGCAGAACAUGGGACAUACUGUGGUACCUUGGUUCUCAAACACCUUGUUUCCCAAACGCCGAAAACCCAGAAGGAAGUGUUCUGGUUUUCGAACAUUUUUCGGAAGCCGAACUUCAAAUUUGGCUGUCGGCUACUCUGGGGCGCCUGCGCCAAUCGGAAGCCGCGCCUCGGUUUUUGAACAUUUUGGAAAGUCAAACAGACUUUUGGAACGGAUGAAGUUUGGCACUUGUUUUUUUUUGCUCUUUAUUUGGCUUUGAUGCUUUUCGGUUGAUUUGUUUUUUGUGACCGUGUGGAGCCCAGUUCAGCUACUGAUGGAUUGAUUGUGUGACUGCGGAAAUAGAUAGAAGCCCCCCAUCCAAACAGUGACUUUAGCUACAGAUGGAUGGAUGGAUGGAUGGAUUGUGUGGCUGCAGAAAUGGAUCAAAGUCCCCCUUCCAAACAAUGACUAUCGUCAGUGCAGGUCAGAAAAAAAUUACUAUAUUUUUCUGUGUAUAAGACACCCCCUAUUUUGGGGAACUCCAAAUAAAUAAAUAAAUAAACAAACCCUAGUCUUACACACAGAAAAGUACAGUAAUUUUAAUUUUUAUCACCUACCAUGCUGUUUUAUUUCUUUUAUAGUACAGUACAUUGCUUACUGCUUUCAUUUGAUGAUUCAGUGGUCCUGUUAGAUAGCAAAAUUCAUGUGAAAUGGCUGUUUUAGGGGUUGUUUUUCAAAGCCUGGAAUGUGUUAAUUUGUUUUUCAUUCCUCUCUAUGGGAAAGAGCGCCUUGGUUUUCGAACACUUUUGUUUUGGAACCGAUUUCCGGAACAGAUUCAGUUUGAAAACCAAGGGACCACUGUAUUAGCACAGCAACCCCUCCAGGCCCAGUGUGACACAUGCUACUGCAAUGGUGAGUGGGAUUUGCCCGUGCGCCUGGCAUCAUGGAGCCGGGCUGUCACAAGCCAAGUUGAGUACAGUGGUACCUAUUUAUUUAUUUAUUUAUUUAUACCCCGCCCAUCUGGCUGGGUUUCCCCAGCCACCCUGGGUUCCUCCCAACCAAGUAUUAAAAACACAUUAAACAGCAUUAAACAUUAAAAACUUCCCUAAACCUUGGUUCUCAAACUUAAAGCGUUCUGGAAGUCUGUUCCAAAACAAUCCAUCCAUCCGUAGCUAAAGUCAUUGUUUGGAUGGGGGGCUUUUAUCCAUUUCUGCAGUCACACAAUCAGUCCAUCAGGAGCUGAACUGGGUUCACACAGUCACAAAAACUAAUCAACUGAAAAAGCCUUUUAAAAAAACAAAAAUGCCAAAAGAAGAGCAAAAACAAUACGCUAAACUUCACCCAUUCCAGAAGUCCAAAUGUUCAAAAACCAAGGCGUGGCUUCUCAUUGGCGCAGGCGCCCCAGAAAUAAUCGCUGACAGCCAUGUCGGACCUUCGGCUUCCGAAAAACGUCCGGAAACCAGAACGCUUCCUACCGGGUUUUGGCAUUUGAGAAUCAAGGGACCACUGUACUGCAGCUAGACCUGCUGCUGGAAAUUUGAAAAUCUGUCUUCUUUCUGGGACACUGGUGAAAAUCCCUUGUGGGAACCAUAUUGGGCCUGUGUGCCAGGGAGGUACAAAUCACAUGCCUGCAUGGCAGCAGAUUUUGCCCGAAUUCCUUUUGAUUCCAUAAGAAGCUGGAAUGCCUUCCCUUAUACCCUUUCCCCCCGCCACAUUGCAUUUCAAACACAGCUGCUAUGUUGUUUUCUUAACCAGGGUGGAUAAAAAUCAAUGAUUUUUAAAAAUAAAUAAAUAAAAUCUUUUUUUUUUAUUUGAAUCGGAUUAUUUUGAUUUAAAUCAGAUUUUUUAAAAUGAAAGGCUUUUGGAGGCUAUAAGCUUACUAAAGAUUUUCUAUUUGAGUUAUAUUAUAGUCCAAAGGCUGUUCAUCAGGAAAGAAGGAUUUGUUUUAAGAUUUUCAUGUGUGCUAAAACUCAUUCUUAAAAACAACAAAAGAAGUUUAACCACAUCAGUUAACAAACAUGGAUACCUAUGCUAUCAUGUUAUUGCUUUAGUGAAAUAAAUGGUUUAAAUUGUUAUGAAGGAAAUGAUUAUUUUUCUCCUUCCAAUCAAGUACAGCAGAAAAGUUGUCCAAAUAGAAAAUUAACUUAUUAACUCUCACCAUCAUUUCAUCAUUAUCUGUCAAUGUAUUUCUAAGAGUAGAACCAAAUCAGUCAUUUUUCAUAUAACUGUAAAUACUACUCUGAAAAUUUAUUCUUCCAAAAAUGAAACUUUCAUCUGGUUGUAAAUAUUAAGAUUAUACCAGCAAUAAACACCUAGUCUUAUACACGGAAAGGUACGGUAGCUUCUCAUAAAAGAUAUAUGAAAGAAUCCUAAUUUAACAGUCGUGAUGAAUUAUGAUGGCUGCCUUCCUCAUGGACAAGUAACCUAGAACAAAAAACAUUUUUCGCUGUUGCUUGUGUGGGGAAAGCAUUUCAUUUUAAUGGCCUGUUCCUUCUGUUUUCUUUUCCCUCUUCUUUUCCCUCUUGUGGUUUAUGUGCUUCAAAUGGUGGCGGUCUGUCUCCCGGAUCUCUUGAAUGAAUGAAUGAAUGAAACCUUUAUUUGCGUCAGCCAUAAGACGUAGCACCGAAGGAACAUGACAAUAUACACAGAGCAAAAUAAACUCAAUGAUAUAAAACACAGUUUAGAGCAGGCAUAAGCAAACUCCAGCCCUCCAGAUGUUUGGGACUACAAUUCCCAUCAUCCCUGACCACUCAUCCUGUUAGCAAGGGAUGAUGGGAAUUGUAGUCCCAAGCAUCUGGAGGGCCAAGUUUGGCCAUGCCUGCUCUUAACUAAGUGGUGGCCAAACUUUGCCCCCUCCAGCUGUUUGGGGACUACAACUCCCAUCAUCCCUAGCUAACAGUACCAGUGGUCAGGGAUGAUGGGCAUUUUAGUCCCAAGCAUCUGGAGGGCCGGAGUUGAGAGUCUCUCCUUCUCUCUCUGUCCUCUUUCCCCACCUGCUUUUCCCCUCGGCAAUCUGUUUGCCCUGCCAAAUUCCCAACUUUAUAGAGUAUCUCCUCUGUCCCCGUUCAGCUCCCGGCAGCGCUGUCGGUUCCCCGGCCCACGCACCCAAAGUGCCCAUGCGCAGCCGCAGCACAGACCGACUGAAGGCGGCCGGCUCUCCGUCAGAAAAUGUUUCGCCAGAAAUGGCGCAGGUGGGUCGGCGGCAUUUGGGUCGAUGACCGCACGCGGGUCGUUGGUUCAAUAAAAAUACCAAUGGCUUCCUCAAAGCUGAUGGAUCUCUUGAUAGUUUUGAUAGGGCCAUAACAGUGCUUAUCUCACAGCAGUUUUAAGGAUGAUGUCCCAGAUACUCUUAAUAGUACAGUCCUGUUUCUGAACCUUCUUUUCUAUUUUUGUAAAAAAAAUAACAAAAUUGUCCAGCAGUGCCUACUCAGUUUGCUAUGGGUUGAAGCUUUUGUGUGCAGGCAAAUUUCUUCAGAUACACGGAAACAGAAGCCCCCAGACCCUUAUAUGUAGUGGGAGGGUGGGGCGGGGUUUUCUCUUGGAAGGGUAGUAGGAGAUGGGUGAUUUUAUGGUUCCAAAAUGGAAACCUUCCUCUGUUUGUCCAUAUUAAAAGAAUGCCAGCAAGGUGGAACCUUUCUGGAAAAAAAAGGGAUUUUAUGGUUCCAAAACAGAAACCUUCCUCUGCUUAUCCAUAUUGAGAGGAUGCCAGAAAGGCUGAACCUUUCCAUAAAAAAGGAUUACAGACCUGCACCUCCAUGAUUAAUACUUGUAGUCAAUAUGGACAAGCAGAGGAAGGUUUCCAUUUUGGAACCAUAAAAUCACCCAUCUCAUACUAUCCUUCUGAGAAAUACCCUACCCCACCCUCCCACUAUAUAUCAUGGUCUGGUGACUUCUGUUUCAGUGUAUCUGAAGAAGUGUGCAUGCACACAAAAGCUUAUACCAUGCAUUCCCAACCUGUGGCUUAUACCCAGAACAAACUUCGUUGGUCUCUAAGGUCAUACUGGACCAUUUUUUUAUUUAUUUUCGACUAUUUUUGGUCAUCUGCAUACUCUCCCUUGUUUUUUCCUUUCGGACUAAUUGCAGUCGUUCACAGUCGCCCACAGGUUGACCAUACCCACUGAGUCCUACUACCCUUUGGAGAAAAACCUCGCCCCACCCUCCCACUAUCUAUCAGGGUCUGGUUAAUAAUAAUAAUAAAUAAUAAACUUUUAUUUGUAUCCCGCCCUCCCUGUCCAAACUGGGCUCAGGGAGGCUAACACCAAAUAGGUAACACUGGUAUAAAAUCAAGCAAUAAUGAAAUUACCGUAUUUUUUGCUCUAUAAGACUCACUUUUUCCUUCCUAAAAAGUAAGAGGAAAUGUGUGUGCAUUUUAUGGAGCGAAUGCAGGCUGUGUAGCUAUCCCAGAAGCCAGAACAGCAAGAGGGAUCCUCUUGUUGUUCUGGCUUCUGAAAUUCAGAAUCUUUUUUUUCUUGUUUUCCUCCUCCCAAAACUAGGUGCGUCUUAUGGUCUCGUGCAUCUUAUAGAGCGAAAAAUACAGUACCUCCUGAAAACAAGUCAGGAUCAAAUUCAAAUCCAAUUAGAUGGCUUUCUGCAGGAUUAGGGUUGGGAACAGUAAACGCUCAUCAGGCCCAACUGUUUGCGCUGCUCUUAUAUGGGCCUGUGAGAACGCUGGGAGGCCUCUUUCAUGCUAGUUCUUAUACAGACUUCGGUUUCUGUGUAUCGGAAGAAGGGCACAUGCCCACGUAAAGCUUAGACCCAGAACAAACUGAGUUGGUCUCUAAGGUGCCACUGGACAAUUAUUAUUAUUAUUAUUAUUAUUAUUAUUAUUAUUAUUAUUAUUAUUAUUAUUUGACUGCGUCAGGCCAACACAGCUACCUACCUGAAUCUUAUAUUUUUGUUUUGGUUUAUUCGGUCUUUUUCAGUUACUAAUAUCUGUUCAAACUGAAGAGCUAAUAUACUUAACAAGAAAGUUCUUACAGGGCUGGAGGGAGAGCCUUAUAUUAUAAUAACAACAACACCACCACCACCACCACAGUGGUACCUCCGGUUGCGGAUGGGAUGUGUUCUGGAGCUCCGGUCAGAUCCCGAGGUUUCCACAACCAGAGGUGCUUGUUCUGUGCAGGUGUGCGGCGCGGUAGAGCGCUUCUGCGCAGUCAUGCGCGGCGAAACACAGAAAAAUACUUACGGGUUUGCUGCAUGCGUAUCCCAAAGAAUACGUAACCAGAGGUGCACGUAAGUAGAGGUACCGCUAUAAUAAUAAUAAUAAUGAUGAUGAUGAUGAUGUACCUGUGUUGGUAUGACGCAGUAGAAAUUAAUAAAACAAUUAAAAAAUUGUCCUGUAGCACCUUGGAGACCAGAACAAACUUAGUUGGUCUCUAAGGUGCUACAGGACAAUUUUUUAAAAUAAUAAUGAUGAUGAUUUAUCCCCCCACCCACCUGUCUGGGUUUCCCCAGCCACUUUGGGAGGCUCCUAAGGGCAGUGUGUCUUUCAGGUAGCGUAUUUGAAGUCCAAUACUGUCAUCAUCUAUGAAUUUAACUUAGAAAUCCUUCUGUGCCAUGUCUUUGGGAGAUCAGGUAGGUCCUUUGGCCGGAGCUCAGAACACCUAAAGCAGCUUCACAUAUCCUGUAUUCAGCUGCGGAAUUGUCCGAAUUGUCAUUGUAUUUUAAUAUUCUGCUGGAAGUGGCCCAGGAUGGCUGGGGAAGCCCAGCUAGAUGGGCAGGGUAUAAAUAAUAUGUUGUUGUUGUUGUUGCCCAGCUAGAUGGGCAGGGUAUAAAUAAUAUGUUGUUGUUGAGAUGGGCAGGGUAUAAAUAAUAUGUUGUUGUUGUUGUUGUUGUUUGUUGUUAAUAAUAAGAUGAAAGAUAUUUUUAUUUUUAUUAAAAGAUGAGCCAAAAAGAACUCCCUUAAGAGAAUUAAGUCUUUUGUCUUAAGACAGUCUUUAAAAUAAUCUUUCCCCAAUUUUUUUAAAAAAUAAUUCCAGUAGCACUUUAAAGACCAGCUAAGUAUAAGCUUUCUAGGUUGUUGUUUUUAUUAUUAUUAUUAUUAUUGGAUAAUUUUACAAUACAAAUUGCUUGUUGCUUUUCUCAUUUCCUUAUGUCCUGAUUGCCUUUUAGAAAGCGGCAGCUUACGUGUCUGUUAUUCCCGCAGAAAUCGGAGCCCACAAAGCAGCCCUCGUCUACCGGUAGACGCACUCCGUCGCCAUCUUUGCCCGGUCUCAGGCGGUCUCCCUCUCCUGCCAACGUGGGUAAACGCGCUCCGUCUCCAGCCGCAAUCAGGUUUCUAUUCAUCUCCUCUUCAUGAAUCUUACUCUAGAGUAAAACCAGCUUGGUCCUCCCUGCCCCCCUUGGUUGUUCUCCUCUUCAUCAACAAAGGGACAAUUGCGUUUGAGCUCCCAGGACGUUUCUGAGCACAAUUCAAAGUGUUGGCACUGACCUUGAAAGCCCUCAACUGCCUCAGCCCAGUAGACCUGAAGGAGCGCCUCCAUCCCGGACGCCGGGGUUCCUCUCCCAAGGGCCUUCUGGUGGUUUCCUCCCUGUAAGAAGCCAAGUUACAGGGAAGCAGCAGAGGGCCUUGUUGGUGGUGGUGCCCGCCCUGUGAAAUGCCCACCUGUCAGAUGUCAAGGAAAUAAAAACUAUAUGACAUUCAGAAGACAUCUGAAGGCAGCCCUGUUUAGGGAAGCUUUUGAUAUUGGAUGAAUCAUUGUAUUUUAAUAUUUUGUUGGAAGCCGCUGGCCACAUGACCUGGAAAAAAUGUCUGCAGACAAAUGUUUGCUCCCUCGGCGAGUAAAGUGAGAUGAGCUCUGCAACCCCAGAGUCAUCUGCAACUGGACUUAACUGUCAGGGGUCCUUUACCUUUACGUGAGCAGAAAUCCUAUAUUGUUAUGGACGGGAGCUGGCAGAACUGAGAAAGUGGGGGUGGGUUGACACCUUGGUUUGUAAGCCUUCCUGUCAAACUCAGUGGGGUCAGAUUCACCCCAUAAUCUUCCUUUAGCUUCUUGCAUGUGCUAGUAUGAAAUCCAAAUGAAAAUUUAAUAAUAAUAAUAAUAAUAAUAAUAAUAAUAAUAAUAAUAAUAAUUUAUUUAUUUAUUUAUUUAUACCCCGCCCAUCUGACUGGGUUUCUCCAGCCACUCUGGGCAGCUUCCAGCAAAAGAUUAAAAUACAUUAAGUCAUCAAAUAUUAAAAGCUUCCCUAAACAGAGCUUCCUUCAGAUGUCUUCUAAAUGUCUGAUAGUUGUUUAAUUUUUUUACAUCUGAUGGGAGGGCGUUCCACAGGGCGGGUGCCACCGCUGAGAAGGCCCUCUGCCUGCAUCCCUGUAACCUCACUUCUCGCAGGGAGGGAACCGCCAGAAGGCCCUAGGGAGAGGGACCCUGGCGUCUGGGAUGGCGGCGUUCCUUCAGGUCUACUGGGCUGAGGCAGUUGAGGGGUUUCAAGGUCAGCACCAGUACUUUGAAUUGUGCUCAGAAAUGUACUGGGAGCCAAUGCAGGUCUUUCAGGACCAGUGUUAUGUGGUCUCAGCGGCCCCUCCCAGUUCCCAGUCUGCCUGCCGCAUUCUGGAUUAAUUGCAGUUUCCGGGUCACCUUCAAAGGUAGCCCCACGUAGAACACAUGGCAGGAUUCCAAGCGAGAGAUAACCAGAGCAUGCUGCACUGUGGCAAGACAGUCUGCGGGCAAGUGGGGUCUUAUCCUGCGUACCAGAUGGAGCUGCCCUGGAAACAGAAUGGACCUGCGCCUCCAUGGGUCCAAGAUCACCCCCAGGCUGCGCAGCUGGUCCCCUUUCCCCCCAAUACAGUACUUCUGUCUUGCCAGGAUUCAACUUCAAUCUGUUAGCCGCCAUCCAUCAUCCAACCGUCUCGGACACUCACACAGGACCUUCACCGCCUUCACUGGUUCUGAUUUAAAAGAGAGGUAGAGCUGGGUAUCAUCUGCAUACUGAUGAACCCCCAGUCCAGCCCAACCCCCCCGAUGAUCUCUCCUAGAAGCUUCAUAUAGAUGUUUAAAAGCAUGGGGAAAGAGGCACCCCACAAGUGAGAGCCCAGGGGUCCCCCCCCCCCACUUUCUGGACACGGCCCAGGAGGAAGCAGCCAAACCACUGUAUUACAGGGCCCCCAGCUCCCAGUUUAGGUAUGAUUUCCCUUGCUAAGUAGUUCUUAAGGCUAUUGAAAUAUACAGUAAUUUUCUAAGCUCUGUUGAUCCUUAUAAUUUUGGUGAGUAAAGAUUUCUGAGCAAGUUUCCCUCUUCUAUUUCACUGUUGUAAAAAAGUGCUGUAAGGGGUAGUAGACCUGGAUCUAUUUAAAUGCAGCCUUAACCCCAGAGUCAGAACUUCCUAUCUGGACUAAAGAAUUAGGAGCUAAGGAGUUGCCUGCCCCAGAAUACACUGUAGUUUUCCAUGUAUAAGACUGUAUCCCCCCCCCCAUUUUGUAAGUUUAAAAUUGGGGUUCGCCUUAUACAUGGAAUGUUGCCAUUAUUUAUUUCUUCAUUUUGGGCUCAAAAAAUAGGGGUUGUCUUAUGCACGGGAAAAUACGGUAGCUGUACAUGUUUCUGUGCCGUGCAGUUCUCUGAUCGAUCCCUUUUUCUCAUCAGACAAAAGUCUCAUCCAAGUUCACCUAAAAGACAGUGGCCACCAUCUCCUGUUUUGGUCUCCAAACCAGCACCAAUUCAGCGCCCGUCCAUCACCCCGAACGUCCUUAACGUUGCCAAAAAGCAAAGUGACCCAGUGUGCCGACCAAAGGAGAGGUUGGAGGAUCCUGAGGGUCAGGAUCCUGGCCCGGCGGCCAUGCUGCACCCCUCCUCAGAGAGAGAACUGGCGGCAGCUGCUCCAAAGACCAAAGAAGGUAAGAGAACCUGCGCGAAAGGUGAUCCGCUCGCCUGUUGAUCCACCCUUCUCCCCUUCCUGGGUCUAGCUCAAAGGUUUUCCUCACUGGAAAGAGUAAUAGUAAUAAUAAUAAACAACUUUUAUUUGUAUCCCUCCCUCCCCGGCCGAGACCGGGCUCAGGGCGGCUGUCAAGGCUGCCUCAAGUCUCAGCUCACAAAAGACCAACGCCUAUGUCUUCUUAUAUACAAAAGUGUUUAUUGCAGUUCAUGGUUUGCUUGACAUCCUAGGCGCGCAGCCUUACGUCUGCUACGCUUAGACCGCUGAAGUCCCCUCUGAAUCCGUCCCUCCCCUACACCAAUUUAAGAGGCUUGCGCUGCUCCACCUCUUUCUCUCCUUCCUUUUCCGCAGGGUCCUUCUGCCCGCUGGGGUUUCGCCCCUCCUGGAUUCCUCUGACGCGGAAUCAGACUGCUCUUCACCCUCCUGCGGGCUUUGGGACCUGGCCCCUCCUCCGGGCUCCCUGUACUUCCGCGCGCCUCUACAUUUGAACUUGGCGCGCGGGCCAAACCUCUAACUUUCCUUUUGACAGUUACACUACUCCCUUCACUGCUCCUCCCUUCCGGGAGGGCGGCUUGCUCUGACCUCCCUCCUUUCUCUGCUGCCGGGCUGCUUCCCCUGACACACUGGAAACUCCACCCCCUUCGCUGCACUCUGGUGGGGAGGCUGGUCCUGACGCCCAGCUGCCACUUUGGGAUCCUCCGCUGGCCCCCUGCUCCUGACACGUCCCCCUGGGGCUCCUGGCCUUGACCACCGGCGCCCCUUCUGGGAAUCCUCUGAUUCGCUGGAAAGACUCAUGGAAUCUCUUGAGUCAUUGUCAUCCUCUUCCUCGCUGGCUUGGAAUUCAUCCCCAUCGCUCUCCAUCUCCUGCCUACCCUGUGCCUCUCUCCCUGAACCCCUGACAGCGGCUAACAUCAAAUAUAAACUCUGAUAUAAAAUCAAACAAUAAUUAAAUCGCCUCUUAAAAACAAGUCAGUAUAAAAUGGAAAUAAUGGUUGCCAGAGCCUUUGGAGGAUGAUGCAUUUAUCUGCUGUUGCAGAUGAGCUUUCAGGAAUGUCCCAUGACUAAAUGUGGUCAAACAUGUAUAAUGCCGUUGAUUUAUGCAUUAUGUUGACAUUUAUUUUCUCAGCAAUUCUAGUCAGUGAACAAAAUCAGCGCAGUUUCUUAAUAGUUUUCACAUAGGAAGCAUAAGGUGAAGGUACAGGACCCCUGUGCUGUUCAGUCCAGUCCAAGGUGACUAGGGUUGCGGUGCUCAUAGGGGUUAGGGACAGGAGAUAGGGAUAGGGGUUAGGGAUAGGUAAAAAUGUCAAGGACCCCUGGAGAGUUAACUCCAGUCCAAGGCAACUAAGGGGUUGCGGCGCUCAUAGGACCCUCGUACCUACGGGAUCGUCUCUCCUGAUAUGCCCCGCGGAGAACCUUAAGGUCCAUAAAUAGCAAUACUCUAGAGGUCCGGGCCCUAAGUGUCAGGACUGGUCGUUGUCCUCUUCAGAUCACCACACAAACUCUUCUUGUUCUUUUAUAACUCUUUAUUGCGUGUUAACAAACUUAUAAAUGGUUCUUAUCUUUAACUACUAUUCCUCAGAGUCACUUCUUUCAGAUACCUUCUGAGCUCUGCUUCUCCGUGACCAGCCACCCUCAAAAUGGCGAAGGCGCCCUUCCCUUCGCUUUCCCGCUCUUUUUUCUAACCUCCUGGCUAGAGCUGGCUUGUAUCCCUCCUCCGAAUCUGAACUAGAACUUAACCCUUGCCUUUUCUGGGAACAGCCAGUCCCUCCCUGUUGUUCCUGUUGCUCUCUUCUGUUAGAUGCACUGCUCUCCUCCCCCCCUUAGGGAAAAUAUUCUCCCUCUGGGAAACUGGAAACUCCUAACUCUUAACUCUUCCCUGACACUAAAGAAGUUAGAUUAGCCUCAACCAGAGCCAGGGCCUUUUCAACUCUGGCUCCAGCCUGGUGGAACGCUCUGCCUCAUGAGACCAGGGCCCUGCAGGAUCUGAUUUCUUUCCGCUGGGCCUGUAAGACAGAGUUGUUCCACCUGGCCUUUGGCUUGGAAUCAACCUGAUCCACUUCCCCUCUUUCCUUUUCCUUAUGUGAUGGAACCCCUAUUUGGGACUCCCCUGGCUUUUUUCUGGCCCACGUAGGACCAGUCUGGAUAGUUGGCCUUGAUGAAGAUUUGACGUUUUCUCUCCCCAGUUUUUGAUCUGGGCUUCCACUGAAAUGAGGCUGCAUUUUAAGUUGUAUUUUAAUCCUGUUUUUAAGUUGUAUUUUAAUGAAUUGUUUUUAUACUUGACAUUAGCCACCCUGAGCCAGGUCUUGGCCGGGGAAGGCGGGGUAUAAAUAAAAUAAAAAAUAAAUAGGGGUUAGGGAUAGGGGAUAGGGAUAGGGGCUAGAGAUAGGACUUAGAGGCAGGUAAAAAGGUCAAGGACCCCUGGACGGUUAAGUCCAGUCCAAGGCAACUCUGGGGUUGCAGCGCUCCUCUCGCUUUCUGGCCGAAGGAGCCGGCGUUGGUCCACAGGCAGUUUUCUGGGUCGUGUGGCCAGCAAGACUAAACUGCUUCCGGCGCAUGGUGGAAACCAGAGUGCACGGAAACGCUGUUUACCGUCCCGCCGCAGCGGUGCCUAUUAUCUACUUGCACUGGCGUACUUUUGAACUGCUAGAUUGGCAGGACCUGGGGCAGAGCGACGGGAGCUCAGCCCGUUGUGGGGAUUCGAACCGCCGACCUUCCAAUCGGCAAGACCAAGAGGCUCAGGUGAUUAGACCACAGCGCCACUCGCGUCCCUAUAGGAAGCAUAGCAGGUGAUGUAUGAAUGGUUUUUGUUUCAGAAUGAGUAAUUAAACACAAAGACGGUUUGACUUCUUAUUGACUUGUCUCUGCAUAUCUUUCGGCAGCCAAUAGUCUCAGGGCUUUAGAUACAAUAUUCUCAGCCUUUACUAUAUUCCAUUCUUCGAGGGCUCUACUUUCCACUAAUCAUUUAAAAUAGGAAUCAGAGAGAAGACGAUCCCUGCUUCUUAAAUGCUCCUUGGUCUUGAACAUUAAACUUGGUCAUGCAAAAAUAGCACACCUACCCCUUUGAUUUUAUUUUUUGUAAUUAGUAAUUGGUAAUUUGGUGUUGUUUUUAUCACAUGGCAUUCUGUAGACUUGUCUUCGCAUCAACACCCUAAAGCAACUUGCUGUAUUUUUCCGUGUAUAAGACUAUAUUUCCCCCCAAAAUAGUUCAAAAUUGGGGGUUGUCUUGUACACAGAAUGUUGCCAUUAUUUAUUUCUGAAUUUGGGGCUCAAACAAAUAGGGGUCAUCUUAUACAUGGGGGCAUCUUAUACACGGGAAAAUACGGUAUUCUGUACUUUUACAGAUUUAUACUGAUUUGCCCAAUAGGCCCAGGUUCUGUUAUGCCCUUGUUGACUUCCCAAGCAUAACCACAUCUUACCUCGUACUCAUCCAUACCAGUGUUUUCAGCACAGUAGUCUUUCUGUCCACAUACUUUGUGCAGUACAAAAUGUACUAUUUAUGUGAAUGAAAUUUAGCUCUUUGAAUCAAGUAGUCUCUUGCCUCAAAAACAAACUGUAUUGUGCCCUUGAAGGUUAAUGUUGUUUACACUUUCAUCAACUCAAUAAGUUUAUCAGAUUUUCAUCAGGUGCACCAUCAGAUUUUCAAAAGGACAAUUGGUCAGUUUUAAACUUUGACAUACCAAUGUUGAAAAUCAAUGUUCUGACCGUAUUGCAAAAUUUUGGAACGAGGCUCAAUUUGAAAAUCAAUUAACAAAUAUAUAUUAGUUAAGUCUUUAUUUCCCAUGUCUGAUGCCUCUGGAACACCGCUAAGUUGGCACUUCUGAAGUUUGUGGUUCUACUAAUAUGAAGGGGGGAAAUGGAUUUCUCAGGUGUUGUGACCUCUGACUUAGGAAGAGAGUGGUGUAAGUUCCCCUGAAAAGCUGGUUUCAUUGUAUGCGCAGUUGCUUAGGGGACGAAGAGUCACUUUUGGUCCCCCCUAGGGAAACUUAAAACAAUGUGGAAUGAAUGCCUCAAUCAUCUCCCCUCCUUGCCCCGGUGCGCAAGGAGCACAUCCUCUACCCUUCUGAGCAGGAUGGACACACCCUCUGUCACCUCUCAAAAAUGAGACAUUUCGGAUGAGAUGUCCUGGGCAUUUGUCUCCCUGGAGAAGGACUUAGGGGCUACCUUAGCAGAAAAAGGAGUUUGACCCAGGCACCUGGUGGAGGCAUCUCUCUCUACAAACAGCCACAGGUGAGUGGGUUGCUUGGCUGCUACAUUCGAUGUCAAAUGCACGUGAUUGGAAGCAUGAUUCUCCUGGAGGGCUUCCCUCCAGGUUAAUGCUUUAGGCUGAUUGUCGUACGACUAAUCCCUUUCACGCAAAUCUUAAUCGUUUGUCUCCCCCGCCCCUUAGCUAUUACGUAGAGCACACUCAGUGUUACGUCAGGCACGUCCAACAGGUAGAUCAUGAUUUACUGGUAGAUCGCGGGGUGUUCCUGGCUGGUAUCUGGUCUCCUUGUCCCCAAUUUUUUUUAAAAAAGAAUAAAAAAAGCUGAACUACUGCUUCCUUCCUAAUAAAAAGCUUGACCACUGUGAGUUCCUAAGAAAAGCUGAACAACCUUGCCUUUCCCAAAAACACUCAACAAACUUGGCUUCCAAAGAAAAGCCUAACAACAUUGGCUUCCUAAAAAAAGCUCAAUAAUGUUGCUUUUCCCAAAAAGCUCGGCAACUUUUGCCUCCUAGCAACAAAAAGUGGACCAUCCGAUUAAGUUCUACUAUCGGACUGCAGAUUCAGGGCCCUAAGCUGUGUUUUAUGUAAUCGACUUUUGAUUAUAUUCUGUGCAUAUCGCAAUGCUCCUUCAGUUCCAUUCAUUCAUAUAUUCCGUUUCAUUCAUUCAUGUUUUAUUCAUUCAUAUAUUCCAUUCUAUUCAUUCAUUUGCUUCUGAAAAAAAGCUCAACAACUUUGGCCUGCCCAACAACAACAGGUCGAUCCCUGCCAGUUUUUUUACACUGUGAGUAGAUCACAAUCUACUGAGAGUUGGACGUCCCUGCUAGUCUUGUACAAGUCUGAAUGGUUUGUCUUCCCCUCCCCUUCGCUAUUACAUAGAGCACACUAAAUGCUACGUGUCGACUAGCUCUGUUUGACAAUAUUUCACCUUCUGCGCAAAUACGCCCCUGGCUUCAGACACGCAUGUUUUCCUUUGCAGAGCCUCCGGCCUCCUACACCUUCCUGCCUGAGUUGCCACCCUCCAUCUUCGGCCCCUCGUCUCCCGCUGCCUCGCCUUUCUGCCCUCAGGAUUUCCAGCCCGCCUCCUCCGUCGCAAGGAAGAUCCUUUUCGGAUACGAUCCGAUGUCCCGGAUUCGCGCUCCCUCUCGCUCCUCGGGCGACUCUCCUACUACCCCUUUCCACACCGAUUUAAUGGAUGGCACCUGCUCCCCAAGCAUGCUUCCUCCGCCUCGGGAUCUCGGGGAAGACCAGGGAGCUAAGGGUGGUUUCCUGCGCAACUUUGCUCUGGAAGCUUCACGGCAGGGAGAUGGGGCGGCUGUCAGCCCUCUCCGGUGCUUUAAUUUCCCAUCCCCUCAGAGGAUCGGCCCAGGUUAUAUUUAUACCUCCCGUUCCACUAUCAGUCGGAGGUUGCCAAAUAACCAGCCGGUGACUGUGGCGACAGACCCCUAUGUUCUGGAGAAAUUGCUCCACACCUUCCAAACCAUGCGGUGCAGCGUUGACAACAUCAGCCAGGAGCUCAGGGUGCUGAACACCCACCUAGCCGAUCUCUCGCACCACUUUAGCACACUGCCGCUUCCUAGCCACUCUCCUCACAAUGGCCCCGAAUACUAUGGCUGAAGAGACCGAGAUCUCCCAACCUUUCUAGAUCAGGCCUUGUGUGCUUGGACCCCUGUCAGGCUUUGACUGGGAGGCACAAUUUCUUGACAGGGAACAGCUCUUCCCCUUCAUGCACCCAUAGUUUUGAACAGCCAGGGAAGAGACCAUGGCGGCCUUGUGCAUUUAUAAUCCCUAGGUACUAGGCUCCGUCACAUGACUUGGGGGAAUGCUUGGCACCAUCACAUUAAUAUGUCUACUUUCCUCAGUUUGAUGCUUCUAUUGCCAUACCACUUUAAAUCAAAAACAAUGCUAGAAAUUGUCUCCAGUGGUGUACGUGUGUGACCUUUGGCAAUUAAAAAUGUCUCUUCAAAUGCACAGAUCAGUCUUCUUUUAUUUUAACCGUGUCUCAGUAAGUGCCAUGCAUAUUAAAACACUGGUGGUCCUUCCAAACAAUAUCUUGAGAAUUUAGAACAGUAGCACUGUCCAUGAUAAUAGUCCAACAUGUACCAUUUUUUUCCUUUUCUUAGACUAGGGGGUUUUUUACCAAAAAAAUAGGUUUAAAAUUGAGAGCUCGUCUUAUACACAGGUAGUGCUGAGGGGUAUUUUCUUAAUUUGGAGUCCCCAAAAAUAGGGGGCGUCUUAUACAUGGGGUGUCUUAUAGUCGGAAAAAUACGCAAUAUUGUGUUACAUUUUCUAUAGGAUAAGGGUUGGUGGGUUGAUCUGCUUAGGUUCUGCAUUAUUCAGACUUGAGAGCAAGAAACUUUUGAACCCAGGAGCAACUAGAAGCUCUACAAGUCUCUUAGUUGCUUUACCGUCUUAAAUUCAGAAAAAAAUGCAGGGAAAGUUAAACUAGGGAUUGGGAACUAAAUUUGUUCUUGGACACCAGAAGGAGUUGGGGUGGCAUGGAGGCCAUAGGGAAUAAAAUAAAGAUUUUGCUGCAGGGGGUGUGGGGUUCUGGAAUGAGUUUUCCUUCUCACUUCCAUUCCCUGCAGAAAAUGGACCUUGACGGUCGGUCCAAUGUAACAGUCUACAUACCCUAUAGUUAUAAUCAUUCUGAAGCCAUGGAGACAAGCUCCUAAAAGCAAGGGGAGGCAAACUAAGGUCCGCGGACUGUCUGGGAAUCAGCAUGUUUUUACAUUAGUAGAAUGUGUGCUUUGAUUUAAAAUGCAUCUCUGGGUUAUUUGGGGGGCAUAGGAAUUUGUUCUUUUUUUCUUUUCUUCAAAAUAUAGUCAGGCCCCCCACAAGCUCUGAGGGACAGUGGACUGGCCCCCUGCUGAAAAAGUUUGCUGACCCCUGGUGUAGACACUUCUGAGCUAGAUAGGUCCAAUGGUCUGACUUCGUAGAAGGCAGCUUCCAAGGUCCCUAUAUGAGCUUGCGUUAUACUGCGUUAGACCACUGGUCAUGUUGGCCAGCAUGGUUUGACUGAUGGUGGUACACCAAGGUCUCAGCAGGAAGCACCCGCUCAGUACCCAAUGUCUUUUAAAAUGCUUCGGGAGGAAAAAUCUUUCCAAAGAUUUUCAAUUCAUUAUUAUUAUUAUUAUUGGUUUUUAUAAACAGGAAUGAUGGUCUACAAAUAAGUUGGCCCAGUUUUCUCCUGUCCUUUAUCUAUCACAAAAAUAGCAUAGAUUCAGGUAGGUAGCCAUGUUGGUCUGACACAGUCGAAAUAUAUAUAAAAAUUAAAUAAUUGUCCAGUAGCACCUUAGAGACCAACUAAGUUUGUUAUAAAUAGCAUAAUAAAUGUGGAUAGUUUUCUGUUUCAGUGACAUUAUAGUCCAAAGGUUAUUCAUGUGUGCUAAAACUCAGUCUUAAGUUUUUUCUUUAAAAAAAACAAAACAUUUAACCACAUCAGUUAACCAAAAUGGAUACAUUUGCUAUUAUGUUAUUGUUUUAGUGAAAUGAAUUCUUUAAAUUGUUAUGAAGGAAAUGAUUAUUUUCCCCCUUCUAAUCAAGUACAGCAGAAAAGUUGUCCAAAUAGAAAAUUAGCUUAUUAAAAUUCACCAUCAUUUCAUCAUUAUCUGUCUAUGUAUUUCUAAGAGUAGAACCAAAUCAGUCAUUUUUUAUAUAACUGUAAAAACCACUCUGAAAAUUUAUUCUUCCAAAAAAGAAACCUUCCUCUGGUUGUCUAUAUGAAGAUGAUACCAGCAAUAAUGAGUCUUUCUGUAAAAAAGGGUGGGGGUGAGAAAAAAGAUUUAAAUCAAGUCAUACUGACUAGUGAUUGAAAUCAAGACUUACAAACGAGUGAUUUAAAUCGUGAUUUAAACAUGAUUUAAAUUGAUUUGAUUUAAAUCAGAUCCACCCUGGUUUAGCCUUCUUUCUGUUUGUCUGCCUGAAGCUUAAGUAGCAAUUUGAGAACCAAAUGAGUCAUUUUUGAGAGAUCUGUAAAAAUUUAUUCUUCCCAAAUGGAAACCUUCCUCUGGUUGUCAAUGUGAAGAGGAUGCAAGCAUCCUUUCUGUAAAAAAGGAAAAAAGAUUUAAAUCUUUUUCUCCUCCUCCUCUUCCUCCUCCUUUUUCUCCUUCUCCUCUUUCUUUUUCUGCUUCUCCUCCUUUUUCUUUUUCUCCUCCUUUUUCUUUUUCUCCUCCUCCUCCUUUUUCUCCUCCUCCUUUUUCUCUUUCUCCUCCUCUUCCUCUACCUUUUCCUCCUCCUCUUCCAUCUUCUUCCUUUUUCUCCUCCUUUUUCUUUUCCUCCUCCUCCUUCUCCCCCUCCUCCUUUUUCUCCUUCUCCUCCUCCUUUUUCUUUUUCUCCUUUUCCUCCUCCUCCUUUCUUUCACAAUCCCUCAUAGCUGAGUAAGAUUGUCUUCCAUAAACAUGGUUUUAACAGUAAGUUUGUAAGGGGCUGUGGGGACCAAUUCUGGAUCCACACAUCCUUCCACAGCGGGGACACCGGGUGGGAGUAGAUCCCAGUGAGGCUUCCUUCCUCUUUGCCCGUUUCUCCCUUGUGAGGCUUCCUUCCUCUUUGCCCGUUUCUCCCUUGUGUCCCGAGUUUGAGUGUCUUCAAAGCCCAGGACACCUUUGGUCAAGGCUGUUCUCAACUGGAGUGCUCGCAAACCAGUGCUUCCCAGUUGUCAGUGUUUAUGCUACAUUUUGAAAAAAAAUUGCCUAGGGAACUUUAAACCUCUUUUGUGGACCACCAGCAUGAUGCUUUCCAUUCUUAAAUUCGGAAUAGAGUAGUUGCUUUGGAAGAUGAGAAUCAGGCAUCUGAACAACAUGACCAGUCCAAAGUUGAUGUUGAAGAAACAUUGCUUCCACACUGGUGAUCUUUGCUUCUUUCAGUACACUGGCAUUAGUUCGCCUGUCUUCCCAAGUGAUGUUUAAAAAUUCCCGGAGACACCUUUGAUCAGGGGUGCCCACCAAACUUUUUGGAUGAACAUGUGUGAGGACUGACCAAAGUUGUUGAACUUUUUGGGGGGGGAUUGAAGUUGUUGAACUUUUUUUAGGAUUUAACCCCAAAGGUUGUUGAGCUUUUUUAAGGACUGAAGUUCCUGAGCUUUUUUUAGGAUUUUACCACAGGGCAUAAACUGCCACAGUAGCCGGAUUAAAUCGACCGGCGGGCCGGAUUGGGCCCCCGAAACCUUGGACAUGCCUGCUUCUGAUGGAAUCUUUGGAGGAGUUGGAGAGGGCGUUGAUAAGUGGUCCAUGUUUCACAAGCGGAAAGUAAGAUUGGUAGUACAAUAGCUUGAAAACGAGCAUCUUGCCUUCCCUGCGAAUGUAUUGACCCUAAAUUACUGGCACGAUGGGGGUCCGAUCUCAUGGGAGGCAGCCGUUUCCCACAGCAGGAAACAGGACAUAUACAUGCAUACAUACAUAUACACUUACGGUACGUGUGUGUGUGUGUGUGUGUGUGUGUGAGAGAGAGAGAGAGAGAGAGAGAGAGAGAGAGAAUUGGGUUUUGCACAUGGUUUCCAAACAUAACAUCCCAUCUGAUACAAUAUAAUAAAUCUUUGGCUAUCACAGCCUAGACAGGAAGCAGGACUUAAUACAGGGCACGCUUUUCAGCAGAUAAGGCGGCUGCGCCGACAACCGUUUCCAUUCAUUUGGACCCCUUCUUUUUCCAGAUGCAAGUAGCAAAACCACUCUGGCAACCACAACGGCCGAAGAGGCGGCGAGGAUCUUGGCCGAGAAGCGCCGUCUUGCAAGGGAGCAGAGGGAGCGCAAAGACCAGGAGGGAGCUCAAAGAGAAGAGGAAGAAAGGUACUGUAUAUAUAAAAAUAAUUUUUAUUAGUUUUUCCAAAUAUUUUCCAUCCAAACAUCAGUCUUGUAUACAAAAUAUAAAACCAUUUGGCUGUUUCAGCCUAGGACUUCCCUCCUCCUCGACUAAUGGUUUUCCAAAUUAAUCUCUAAUUUAUAUUUUUUUAUAAUAGUAAUUUUUAUUGGUAUUUCAAAUUUUUCCAUCAUAACAGCUUUCCUAUAAAUUACAUAUAGAAACAUUUGGCUGAUAAUCCUGGAACUUCCCUCCUCCUCAACUAAUGGUUUUCCAACUCAAUCUCUGGUAUGCAUUUUGUUCUUAUUAAUAUUACUAUUAAAUCAUAAUCUUAAAAAACAGUUUGUGAAUUGCAUUAAGUAAUAAAUGAUCAUCUAACCUACAAAGCUUCUUGUAACCCUACUAGCGAUGUCAGUUGUUUACAGUUGUCUUUUAAAUACAACUUAGAUUUAUUCCAGUGUUUCAAGAAAUUCUGGUCCUGCUGAUUCCGAAUUUUCCCAGUUUCGCCAAUUUGGCAUAAUCCAUUACUUUCAUUUGCCACUCUUCUUUCGUUGGGAUCUCUUCUUGCUUCCAUCAUUGGGCUAGUAAUAUUCUCGCUACGGUUGUAGCAUCUAAAAACAAUGUUUUAUCUUGUCUGGGUAUGAAAGGUACUGUAUUUUUCCGUGUAUAAGACUAUAUUUCCCCCCAAGUUUAAAAUGGGGGGGGGUCGUCUUAUACACAGAAUGUUACCUUUCUUUCUUUCUUUCUUUCUUUCUUUCUUUCUUUCUUUCUUUCUUUUUCUUUCUUUCUUCAUUUUGAGCUCCAAAAAGAGCCCCAAGUCUUAUACAUUGGGGCGUCUUAUACAUGGAAAAAUGCGGUAAAUCAAUAAGGGGCAGCUAUUCACACCCUCCUUCAUAUUAAUGAUUCUGCUUUCAUAUUGCCAUUUUUAAAAGUCUGAUUUAAAUUUUAAAAAUCUGAUUUUUUUAGUAUUCUUUUUUAAAAAAGCAUUGAUUUUUAUCCUACCUGUGCAAAAGCAAGGAUCUGACCUGUUGUUGAUUUAUUUGGAACAGGAUCAGAAAGGAAGAAGUUGCCAAGCGAGCCCUUGAGAAGCAGGCCCAGCUGGAAGAGGCCCUCCGGGAACUGGAAGACGAGAGGAGGGCAGGGGAAGAGGAGCCGCAAAGGCGGGCCGAGCAGGAGGAGCAGGAGAAGAUGGCCGAGCUCCAGCUUCAGGUUUGGACUCGAGGCAGAGUGGAAAGAGGCUAGAUACUGGAAAAUAUUUUAUGUUCUGGGAUGCUCAGCAGUCUGCAAAAAGCACCCUUUGGGGGAUUGAGGGCAGCGGUCCCGGGAUCGAAUGGAUCUUAAUUUUCAUUUCAGGUUUCUUAAGUGCAUGCCAAGCUCCAUCUUUAAAUCUACACCAGUCAAGUGUGUUGGGACCUCUUACUGCAAUAAUCCCCAUUGGUGGGCGAAAACUUCCAUGUCUUUUGUUGUUUUGGUGAUUCCUGCCCCUACUUGAUGAUGAUUUAUUUCUACCCCGCCCAUCUGGCUGGGUUUCCCCAGCCACUCUGUGCAGCUUCUGACAGGAGAUUUAUUAUUAUUAUUAUUAUUAUUAUUAUUAUUAUUAUUAUUAUUAUAUUUGUAUCCCUCCCUCCCCUGCCAGAGUUGGGCUUACAUCAUAUUAAUAACACAAUAUACAUAAAAACAAGCAAUCAAUGGAUUAAAAUUCAAAUAAAUUAAAAUUAAACUAAAGAAAUGGCAAUCCUCAGGUUAAUACAUCAGUCAUAAAAAACUUCCCUAAACAGGGCUGCAAAGUAAGUGUUGAGUGGUUCCACCAUCUCUUGGUCACCCAAUAGCUUCUCUCUACUACUCAAUGAUUCCAUAAACUCUGCUUAAUCUAGUUGUGCUGAGUCUUCUUUUGACAUUAGAGUUUCAAUUUCAGAAAAUGUUUAACAGAUAAAGUAUAAGCAAUAUAUUAAAAUUUUAAAAACUGGGUAAAUAUAUAGUCUUAUAUAUGGAAAAAUACAGUAUUCUGGCCACCUCCCUCUUGCAGUCUUUUGAUACUUCAGCUGUCAGCUUUAAUAAUAAUAAUAAUAAUUUUAUGUCUACCCCGCCCAUCUAGCUGUGUUUCUCGAGCUACUUUGGGUAGCCUCCGACAGGAGAUUAAAAAUACAUUAAAACAUCAGUCGUUAAAACCUUCCCUAAACAGGGCUGCCUUCAGAUGUCUUCUAAAAGUCAGGUGGUUCUUUAUUUCCUUUACAUCUGACAGGAGGGCGUUCCACAGGGCGGGUGUCUGGUUCCCUGUCACUUGGCUUCUCACAGGGGGGAGGGAACUGCCAGAAGGCCCUCGAGAUAGGGACCCCGGUGUCCGGGGUGCAGAUGCUGCAUCAGGUCUACUGGGGCAAGGCUGUUGAGAGCUUUCAAGGUAAGCACUGAGACUUUGAAUUGUGCCCGGAAAUGUCCUGGGAGCCAACGCAGGUCUUUCAGGACCGGUGUUGUGUGGUCUCAGUCAGACUUGAUUUAAAUCCUUUAUUUUACAGAAAGGUUCAGCUUUGCUGCCUUCCUCUGAAUAUUGACAACCAGAGAAAAGUUUCCUCUACUGGGCUGUUUAGAGCUUUCAAGGUCUGCACCAACCCUUUGAAUUAAUAAUAAUAAUAAAUUUUAUUUAUAUCCCGCCCUCCCCAGCCAAAGCCGGGCUCAGGGCGGCUAACAACAAUAAAAUAGUGCAACAUUCUAAAAACAUUUCAUUAUAAAAAUUAAUUAAAAUCAAAUUGAUGGUAACCAUAAGCUUAAGUUCUGUAAAGAUUGCCAAAGGAGGGAGUCAGGCUGCAUCCUGACCAAAGGCCUGGUGGAACAGCUCUGUCUUGCAGGCCCUGCGGAAAGAUGUCAAAUCCCACAGGGCCCUAGUCUCUUGUGACAGAGCUUUCCACCAGAUUGGAGCCACAGCCGAAAAAGCCCUGGCUCUAGUUGAGGCCAGCCUAACCUCUCUGUGGCCUGGGACCUUCAGGAUGUUUUUAUUUGAAGACUGUAAGUUCCUCUGUGGGACAUACCAGGAGAGGCGGUCCCGUAGGUACGAGGGUCCUAAGCCGUAUAGGGCUUUAAAGGUUAAAGCCAGCACCUUAAACCUGAUCCUGUACUCCACCGGGAGCCAGUGUGUCUGGUAUAGCACCGGGUGAAUGUGAUCUUGCAGCAAUGACCCCGUAAGGAGUCUCGCCGUGGCAUUCUGCACCCGCUGGAGUUUCUGGGUCAGUCUCAAGGGCAGCCCCACGUAGAGCAAGUUACACUAAUCCAGUCUGGGUAAGGAGCCAACUGCUUAGCUUGGCGGAGAUGAAAAAAUGCCGCCUUUGUUAUAGCUGUAAUCUGCGUCUCCAUGGAGAGGGAGCUAUCGAAGAUUACACCCAAACUCUUAACAGACGGUGCUGGCACUAAUUGCAGCCCCGCAAGAGAUGGGAGUUGCCCCCUCAAUUCCAUAUCGUCCCGUCCCAGCCAGAGGACCUCUGUCUUCGAAGGAUUUAACUUCAACCGGCUCCCACAUAACCAUCCAGCCACAGCUUCCAAACAUCUGAUCAGUGUGUCUGGGGCCGGGUCAGGAUGGCCAUCUAUUGAGAGAUGAAGCUGGGUGUCAUCAGCAUAUUGAUGACAACUCACUCCAAAACUCCGGACAAUCUGGGCAAGGGGGCGCAUAAAGAUGUUUCAUCCAGAAACCCACCAAGCUGUUCAGCAACCGCUUUCUCAAUCACCUUACCCAGGAAUGGAAGAUUCGAAACUGGGCGGUAAUUGGAUAGAUCUAAGGGAUCUAAUGAUGUUUUCUUUAAGAGCAGGCGCACCACUGCCUCCUUCAGUUCCCCUGGGAAUGUCCCGGUGCCAAGGGACAAAUUGAUGAUAUCCCCCAGGGGGGCCCGUACCUCGUCUGGACACACUCUAAUCAGCCAAGACGGGCACGGGUCAAGAGGACAGGUGGUGGGCUUUCCAGCUCGGAGGAGUUUGUCCACAUCGGCUGGGGAUAUCUGGUCAAAGUGGUCCAAUACUGGACCCGAGGACAGUCGAGGGGCCUCCAGUUCCUUUAUUGUAUCCAAAUUGGCAGGGAGGUCAUGGCGGAGCAACAGGACCUUCUCCGCAAAAAAGCUCGCAAAUGCCUCACAGCUGUGUGUCAAAUUGUUAUUUAAAUUUGACUGUCCCUCUAGGGACUUUAAAGACCUAAUUAUGCUAAAUAAUUGCGCCGGGUGAGAGCUAGCGGAUGCAUUGGAGGCCAAGAAGUAAGACUUCUUAGCGGCCUUCACUGCCAUCUCGUAGGUUUUCAUAAAAACCCUAUAAGAUGUUCUUGAGGCUCCGUCAUGGGCACCCCGCCAUACUCGCUCUAGCCUGGAAACGUCCUGGGAGCCAAUGCAGGUCUCUCAGGACCGGUGUUAUGUGGUCUUGGCGGCCACUCCCAGUCCACAGUCUGGCUGCUGCAAUCUGGAUUAGUUGGGGGUUUCCGGGUCGCCUUCAAAGGUGGGGAGUACACUUCCUUUGAGGCGUGACUGGCUAAUUCCCUAUGGCCCUGUAUUGGGAUUCUGGCUGGGUUUGACCCAACUUUAUGUUAUAAUAAUAAUAAUAAUAAUAAUAAUAAUAAUAAUAAUAAUAGCAUGGUCUUGACCCAAUCUAUUUAUCAGCCUAAUCUGUUUCCUUGGGGAAGUGGGAAUAACCCUAAUCCACGUAUGCUAUCCUGAUAUCACUGGAGCGGUCUUGGUGGUGGGCUUGUAUACAUAUACCAGGCUUCCUCAACCUCCGCCCUCCAGAUGUUUUAAGACUACAACUCCCAACAUCCCUGACCAUUGGUCGUGCUAGCUAGGGAUCAUGGGAGUUGUCGGCCAAAAACAUCUGGAGGGCCAAGGUUGCGGAAGCCUGAAGUAAGGUAAAAGGGAUGAAUCCGUUCCAGACUUUUAAAAACAACCCCUAAAACAGCCAUCAAACUUGAAUUUUCUCUCUGACAAGACCAUGGAUCUGUGAAACGAAAGCAAUCAACAAUGUACUACAGUCACACAAUCUAUCCAUCAGUAACUGAACUGGGUUCCGCACAAUCACACAAAAAAGAGAGCCGCAAAAACGCAAAAUAAAUCACAAAAACAGACAGACCUCAGCAAAACACUCACAUCAGAAAGAUUGCACUCAAAAUGGCUUCCGAAAAAACAUUCCCCAACCAGAAAACUUCCUUCCAGUUUUUCAGUGUUUGGGUUCUGAGUUGUUUGAGUCCCAAGGCGUUUGAAGACCAAGGUACCGCUAUGCAACGUAAUAAUAAUUAUAACAAUUGUACAGGGGAACCCCAGAAUUUGCAGAGGUACACACGCACACAAAUUAUACCAAACAGUAUAAUAUAUUUUGGGACACGGGUGGCGCUGUGGGUUAAACCACAGAGCCUAGGACUUGCCGAUCAGAAGGUCGGCAGUUCGAAUCCCCACGAUGGGGUGAGCUCCCGUUGCUUAGUCCUGCUCCUGCCAACCUAGUAGUUCAAAAGCACGUCAAAGUGCAAGUAGAUAAAUAGGUACCGCUCCAGUGGGAAGGUAAACGGCGUUUCCAUGCGCUGCUCUGGUUCGCCAGAAGCAGCUUAGUUAUGCCGGCCACAUGACCCGGAAGCUGUACGCCGGCUCCCUCGGCCAGUAAAGCGAGAUGAGCGCCGCAACCCCAGAGUCGGCCACGACUGGACCUAAUGGUCAGGGGCCCCUUUACCUUGUAUAAUAUAUUUUAUAUUUUGAUUUUGUUCUGCAAACCGCCCUGAGACCUCUAGUUAUAGGGCAGUAUAUAAAUUCAGUAAAUGAUAAUAAAUAAUGCCCCAAAGCCCCACUAAAGAGCCCAGAGGACUUUUCCAGUUGAUUCUCAACAUAACCUGGCGACUGAAUAGGCCAGGCAUCGCCAAACUUGGCCCUCCAGAUGUUUUGAGACUACAGCUCCCAUCAUCCCUAGCUAACAGGACCAGUGGUCAGGGAUGAUGGGAAUUGUGGUCCCAAAACAGCUGGAGGGCUGAGUUUGCCUAUGCCUCCUCUAAUACUGGGGGGGGGGGGGGGCUUGAACCCCUGCAGCCCAUGGGAUAUCUGCUUGCCAAGACCUACAAUAUCUGUCAUGGGGUGUGGGUGGAGAAUGCCACAUCUGCUACAUGAUGCAGGAUCAAUAAUGAUGAUGAUGAUAAUAAUAAUUAAUUUACUGUUUCUACCCUGCCCAUCUGGCUGAGCCUCAGCCCCAAAAAGAUUAGCCUCCCCCCUGGCUCUUAGCUGCUUAAUAGCAGUUAUGGGGUGCCUGUGGCGGCACUCCAGAGUUUGCAGGGCUCCAGCUCCCUUCAGCCCCAGACGGCGUGGCCAUUGGCUGGGAAUGGCAAGUUGGCAUUUUAGCAACUACGGAAGGGCCACAGUCCCCCACCUCCCUUGCCAUUAUUAUUCUUAUUGUCUUCUUCUUUUGCAAUCCCUCGUAGCCGAAUCAGAUUGUCUUUCAUCAACAUGGAUUUUAGCAGUGAGCCCGUAAGUGAGGGUGGAGGCCAAUUCCGGAUCCGCACAUCCUUCCACAGUGGGGUUUCUGGGCGGGGGUUGAUCCUGGUGAAGGUUCCUUCUUCCUCGCCCGUUUCUCCCUCGUGUCCCGAAUUCGAGUGUCUUCAAAGCCCAGGACGCCUUUGGUCGAGGCUGUUCUCCAACUGGAGUGCUCACAGGCCAGUGUUUCCCUGUUGUCGGUGUUUAUACUACAUUUUUAAAAUUUGCCUUGAGAUCUUUCAACCUUUUUUGUGGACCACCAGCGUUACACUUUCCAGUGUAAGGCGAUACACAACAUGACCGGUCCAAAGUUGAUGUUGAAGGAUCAUCGCUUCGACACUGGCAAUCUUUGGUUCUUGCAGUACACUGCCAUUAGUUCACCUGUCUUCCUGAGCGACAUGUCAGAUUUUCCGGAGACUCCAUUGACGGAAUCUCUUGCACACGCUGGACGCCUUGCAGUUUGGAGAGCUGUUCCCGGUUUCCAUUCGGGUGGGGUUUUGGGAACAAAAGGGUUUUCCGGUGGUGAUUCCUCUUCCCCCCAAUUUUAGCGCGAAGAGGCCGAGGCAAAAGCUAUGGAGGAAGCCGAGAAGCAGCGUCAGGAACGGGAGCAGAUUGUGCAGCGGAACAAGCAAGAGCGGCUGGAGAGGAAAAAGGUGAGACGCCUUCCUUUUCUGCUCUCAGUCCUCUGUUUCAAAAGAAUGAAUGAAUUUAUUUCCGUCGGCCAUUGCAAUAAAAGAGCAUUGCAGUGUGCAUAUACCAGGCAUGUCCAACAUGUAGAUCGCAACCUACUGGUAGAUUGUGGGGUGUUCCUGGUCAAUAUCUAGUCUCUCAGGGAUCUCCUCCCACUACCUCAAAAAAGAAAAAGUAAAAAAAAGAAGAAUGAAAUAGCUCAACAACUACUGUUUCUACUGUUUCCUAAAGAAAGCUCAACCACUCUAGCUUCCUAAGAAAAGCUGAGCAACUUUGCCUUUCCAAAAAAAGCUCAGCAACUUUUGUUUUCUAGCCAAAAAGUUGACCAUCAGAUUAAGGUCCACUAUUUGACUGCAGAUUCAUGAACCCUCAACUGUGUUCAUUUCAUUCAUUCAUAUCUUCAGUUCCAUUCAUUCAUUUGCUUCCUUAGAAAAAGCUCAGAAACUUUACCUUUCCAAAAAAAGCUCUGCAACUUUUGACUCCUAGCCAAAAAGUUGACCAUCAGAUUAAGGUCCACUAUUUGACUGCAGAUUCAGGACCCUUAACUGUGUUUUAUAUAAUCGACUUUUUACUAUGUUCUGUGUAUAUCACAGUGCUCAUUCAGUUCCAUUCAGUCAUAUAUUCAGUUUCAUUCAUUCAUAUAUUCCAUUUCCUUCAUUCAUUUGCCCCUAAAAAAAAGCCGAACCACUUUAGUUUCCCAGAAAAAGCUCCACAACUUUGAUCUGUCCAACAACAACAGGUAGAUCACUGCCCGAUUUUUUUCACUGUGAAUAGAUCGCAGCCUCUUGGGAGUUGGACAUCCCUGCCAUAUCCUUCAAAAGAGACAUAUAAUGUUUCAUGAAAAAGCAGCUGGAUAAGCCCUUGGGUGGACGCAGACCAUAGCAGUGGAUACAAGUCGAAGGCCGGGACUUCCCUUGUACGCUGGCAGGGGUUGUGGGUGGGGCAUUGUGUAUGCUCUAUAGCAGGGGUCAGCAAACUUUUUGAGCAGGGGGCCAGUCCACUGUCCCUCGGACAGUGUGGGGGGCUGGACUAUAUUUUGGAAACAAAAGAAAGAACGAAAUCCUAUGCCCCACAAAUAAUCCUGAGAUGCAUUUUAAAUAAAAGGACACAUUCUACUCGUGUCAAAACACGCUGAUUCCCGGACCGUCCACAGGCCGGAUUGAGUAGGCGAUGGGGCCGGAGCCGGCCCCAGGGCCUUAGUUUGCCUACUCUAUGGCCUAACAGUGAUAUUUGGCAUUUGGGGUCCCUUUCAUUUAAUUGUCUCAUGCAGUGGUGGCCCGACUUGACCCCCUCCAGCUGUUUUGGGACUACAACUCCAUCAUCCCUUGCUAAUAGGACCAACGGUCAGGGAUGGUGGGAGUUGUUGUCCCCAAAAUCAGCCCUGGGCUGCUUUUACAAUGGAGCUCAACAAAGUAUGCUUGGCUUCCUCCCCAGCCCCAUUUAUUUCUUUGAACCUCUCUGAGGGAUUUUAGGAGGGAGAUACCAUGACAGGCCCAUGAUGCAUCAAUGUGUCUUUUAUAGCUGAGAGAGGAUUUUGAGCCAGGUCUCUCUCUAACCUAAUGGUGGCCAAACGUGGCCCUCUAUCUGUUUUGGGACUACAAUGCCUACUAUCCCUGACCACUGCUCCUUUUAGCUAGGGAUGAUGGGAGUUGUAGUCCCCAAACAGCUGGAGGGCCAAGUUUGACCACCACUGCAGUCAAAGUCUAACCAAUACUCCCUGCUGGCAUUCAAGGGUCUCCAAGCAGGAAAAGGAAAGGGCCAGAUGGGCGGGGUCAAAAUAAUACAUUAUUAUUAUUAUUAUUAUUAUUAUUAUUAUUAUUAUUAUUAUUACUACUACUACUACUACUACUGCUGCUGUUAUUAACUGAGUCUUGGCGUUAUCUAAGUGGUGUGACUGUUCUUUGACAGAGAAUAGAAGAAAUAAUGAGGAGGACCCGGAAGGCAGAGCAGAACGACGCCAAGGUAAAUGUCUUCCAACUUUGGCUAAAGGCCUCUGGUUACCUCUGAUUUCUGUUGCUAGUGUUCAAGGGGAACGUUGUUGGCGCCUGCCUUAAAAAUUGUGGUUUUCUCUGAGCUCCCACACCUGAUCUGAUGCUGAUGUGCUGUGGCAGCUUUCAUUUCAUUUCAUUAUAAUUUUUACUGGUUUUUACACAUAUUUUCAUACAUAACAUCACAGUAUGCAAAAAGAAAUGAAACAUUUGGCUCCAAUAGGCUCCGUUUUUGGACAAAUACUUGCCUUGUAUUGCAGGCAUAGGCAAAUUCCACCACUCCAGAUGUCAGAGUGCAAGGAGAUAAAUAGGUCCUGCUCCGGCAGGAAGGUAAACGGUGUUUCCGUUCGCUGCUCUGGGUUCACCAGAAGCAGCUUAGUCAUGCUGGCCACAUAACCUGGAAAAACUGUCUGCGGACAAACGCUGGCUCCCUCGGCCAGCAAGGUGAGAUGAGCGCUGCAACCCCAGAGUCGUCCGCGACUAGACUUAACGGUCCGGGGUCCCUUUACCUUUCUUAUUACUAUUAAAUCGUCGUCUUAUAUAUAAACUAAAAUAAUGAAGAUAAGUAACGAGCAGUAAUUUUAACAGGACAAAACUUCCUGCAACCCUACUAGCGAUGUACGUUUUUUACAAUUGUCUUUCAGAUAUAUCAUAAAUUUGUCCCCGCCUUUCAGAAAAGUUCGAUCCUACUGGUUCUGGAUUUUCCCCAUCAGUUUGGCCAAUUAGGCAUAGUCGAAUAAUUUCAUCUGCCAAUCUUCUUUCAUUGGCAACUUUUAAGGCAGAAUACUCUUCCUAGAGGCAAAUACGGAUUGCCUGAGCCAUGAAUGAAAAUGAUUGCAUAUUAGGGAAACGUAUUUGGCAACCUCCCUCUUGCAGUCUUUUGAGACUGCAACUGACAGCUUUCAUCAUCAUCAUCAUCAUAUUUAUUUCUACCCUGCCCAUCUUGCUGAUUUUCGCCAGACACUCUAAGCCGCUUCCAAUAACAACAACAACAGCAAUUUAUUAUUUGUACCCUGCCCAUCUGGCUCGGUUUACCCAGCCACUCUGGGCGGCUUCUAGCAAAAGAUUAGAAAUACAUUAAAACAUCCGUCAUUCAAAACUUCCCUAAACAGGGCUGCCUUCAGAUGUCUUCUAAAAGUCCAAUAGUUGUUUAUUUCCUUGACAUCUGACGGGAGGGCAUUCCACAGGGCAGGCGCCACCACUGAGAAGGCCCUCUGCCUGCUUCCCUGUAACUUCGCUUCUUGCAGGGAGGGAACCAGAAGGCCCUGGGGAGAGGGACCCUGGCGUCCGGGGUGGAGGCACUCCUUCGGGUCUACUGGGCCGAGGCCGUUUAGGGCUUUCAAGGUCAGCACUGACACUUUGAAUUGUGCCCUGAAACGUCCUGGGAGCCAAUGCAGGUCUUUCAGGACCAGUGCUAUAUGGCCUCAAUCAGACUUGAUUUAAAUCCUUUAUUUUACAGAAAGGUUUGACUUUGCAGGCAUCCUUUCAAUAUUGACAACCAGAGGAAGGUUUCCUGUGGCUUGCAAUGUCCUUCAGAUGCCAGCUGGGCACAGGGCCAUCUUAUAACCAGCAGCUCAUCUUGCAACUGACUCUUUCUGCUUCCUCUAACACAGAACGAUGACAAGUCCAAUGAGGAGGAUGAAGGCGUCGAAGAAGACGAGGAGCUGGGCCUCGAAAAGCAAGAUCAGCCUGGUAAGGGGCAGCCCUGCGACUGUUUGUCUUCCUUGCCGGGUGGAUUUGAUUUAAAUUAAAUCGAUUUAAAUCCCAUUUUAAAUCCCUAGUCAGGAAGACUUGAUUUAAAUUUUUUUACAGAAAGGUUCAACCCUGCUGGCAUCCUCUUAAUCUUGAGAAGCAGAGGAAGGUUUCCUUUUUGGAAUGAUAAAACCCUUUUUUACAGAAAGGUUUGGCCUUGCUGGCUUCCUCUUCAUAUUGAAAACCAGAGGAAGGUUUCCUUUUUGGAAUGAUAAAUUUCCAGAGUAGUUUCUACUGUUAUAUCAAAAGUGACUGAUUUGGUUCUACUCUUAGAAAGACAUAGACAGAUAAUGAUGAAAUGAUGGUGAGGUUUAAUAAGUUAACGGUUUCUAUUUGGACAACUUUUCCACUGUACUUGAUUGGAAGGAGACAAACAAUCAUUUCCUUCAUCACAAUUUAAACAAUUUAUUUAACUAAAGCAGUAACAUGAUAGCAGAUGUAUACAUGUUUGUUAACUGAUGGGGUUAAACUUUUUUUUUAAACGACUUAGACUGAGGUGUUUUUUUUUAAGAAUAAUUUUUUAUUAACCGACCAAUCACAUCAAAUCAAACCAAAUUACAUAAAUUCCAAAUUACACAGCCAAAUUUUAAAUUUUUGUUGGGGGUACCCAUAUUUCAAGUUCCGAAGGCAUCCAAUCAACUUCUUGCUUCUUACUGCUGUUUUAAUGUCCACAAAUCUAACCUUAUGAUGUUCACAGUACUAUCCAGUCCUUUCUUAUUAUUUUUCCACAUCUCUUGUUGUUAUUUUCAUAUAUUUUUCCUUUCUCUUUGUGACCUCUGAUAGUCUCCAUAAGCUGGUUAGAACAGUUUGUAAUCCUGCGUGGAUAUUAAUUUUUAUCCAGUAGCCAUAUCCAGACGUUUUCCAUAUAACAUCACUUCCAUACAUCAAAACAGUCUUAGCGUCAUUAAUCUUCACCAAUCUGCCUCCUUUCUCAAAACCUCUGAGGAGAUUCACUAGGAAUGCAGUCUGAAAACAAAUCGGUACUUCCUCCCGGCUAUAAAUCCUUUGGCAAGAUGGCGACUCCGAAUUAAUUGCUGCGUCAUUCCCAAAAGCUCUUAUUGCUUCUCAGUCUCCAUAAAGCAUACUUUUGGUUAAAGUUUAUCUCCACACAGACCUUAAUCAUCCUGCUUGGGUCAGUUCAACCGACGGUUCUAAUGAGGAGGGGUUCUUGUAAAUCACAUAGAAGGAAAGUAAAAAAGGUUCCCCCCCCCCCAUUCAGCCCAGUUGUCAACAUACCCCGCCUUUGGUGUAUCUUCAUCGUAAAAUAUUCCUGUUUCUCCAGCCCGUCGUCUUCUUUCGCAGAGGUCACUUAAAUUAGCAGACUUCACUCCCCUUCUUCACUUGAAAUAUGUGCAUUUGCUUCUUUUGUAAUUAAUUAUUCCAAAUUGCUGCAACUAGUGCGCGAUCAGAGACAGCAUCCAGGAGACCCGAUGUCCACACGGGAGCAUUCUGCCUAGGGCUCUCACCCCCUUCUUUCGAAUUAGGGGGUGAUUUAUGGGCACAGCAGGCAAGGGCAGUGUUCCCCAUUUCCUUGGGGCAACAAGGGAGGCUGCCUACUCCCAUAACAGCCUCUUAAUUACCCCGUGUGGGUCGGAGAGAUGGUAUUGUCGGCCAUCUUCCAAUGCGCCCCCUAGUGGCCCCGAGACUUAGACUGAGUUUUAGCAGACAUGAAAAACUUAAAACAAAUUCUUCUUUCCAGAUGAAUAGCCUUUGGACUCUAAUGUAAUUUAAAGAGGAAAUCUGUAGAAAGGUUUUUCCUCCAAAAGCAUUUUGUUUUAAAAAUCCAAUUUAAAUUUUAAAAAAUCAAUAAUAAUUUUUAAAAAUCCAAUUUAAAUCAAGAAAAUCCAAAUUUUAUUUAUUUAUUUAUUUAUAAAUCAUUGAUUUUUAUCUACCCUGCUUUCUUAGCUAGCUUGGAGGUAUUCCCUGAUUUUCUCGGAAGGGGCUUCUGGCGCAGAGGGCUUUCGUUCCCUCUUGUGGAAAGAAUAGCAUGGGGUUAGUUAAGCCUGCCAUCUGCCUGCCUGCCUUACAUCUUCAGUCGCAGUUUGAAAAUAGUUUCCUUUUACCACCAUCCGCACUCCAAAUUUCAGGUGGUGACUCUUAAUUAUUAAUGGCGGCACCCGCCCUGUGGAACGCCCUCCCAUCAGAUGUCAAAGAGAUAAGCAACUAUCUGACGUAAGACAUCUGAAGGCAGCCCUCUUUAGGGAGGUUUUGAAUGACUGAUGUUUUAAUGUAUUUCUAAUCUUUUGCUGGAAGCUGCCCGGAUGGGCGGGGUAUUAAUAAUAAUAUUUAUUUUUGUUGUUGUUGUUUCAGAAAAGGCAAAAUAUGACUCCUCCCUCGAAGACGGUCCAGAGGCUGUGUGCGAUUUGGCCACGUUGGAAGACAGAUCAAAAAUGGAACCGGACAGUGUCUUUGUAAAUGGGGAUGAGGUGGAGGAGGUUGAUCGGAAGAACGACGAUGGUGGUGGGAAUUCGAUGUAUUUGACUCAGGUGAAAGAAGCUAGGUAAGCUUGGUGCAGGUGUUGCCCACUCCUGCCCCUCCCCCAAACAGCCCCGUACAGUGGUCCCUUGGUUCCCAAACUUAAUCUGUUCCAGAAGUCCGCUCCAAAACCAAAGCAUUCCAAAACUGAGGAUGCCAGCAAGGCUGACCCUUUCUGUAAAACAGGUACCCUGGUUCUCAAACUUAACCCGUUCCAGAAAUCCGUUCCAAAACCAAAGCAUUCCAAAACCAAGACACUUAUUUCCCAUAGAAUAUCAUGCAAAAGGGAUUAAUACGUUCCAGACUUUUAAAAGCAGCAAUUUAACAUGAAUUUUACACUCUAACGAGACCAUCAAGACAUAAAACGAAAGCAAUCAUCAAUGUGCUGUACCAUUAAAGAAAUAAGAUAUUGUAGAUGAGAAAAAUAGAAAUUAAUUUUUUAUUUUCUGACCUGCACUGAUGAUAGUCAUUGUUUGGAUGGGGGGCUUUUAUCCAUUUCCGCAAUCACACAAUCAAUCAAUCAAUAAAAUAUCCCCUUUUUUACAGAAAGGUUCAACCUUGCUGGCAUCCUCUUAAUAUUGACAACCAGAGGAAGGUUUCAUUUUUGGAAUCAUACAUUUUCAGAGGAGCUUUUACAGUUAUAUCAAAAAAUACUGAUUUGGUUCUACUCUAAGAAAUACAUUGAAAGAUAGUGAUGAAAUGAUGGUGAAGUUUCAUAAGUGAACUGUUUCUAUUUGGUCAACUUUUCUGCUGUACUUGAUUAGAAGGAGACAAACAAUCAUUUCCUUCAUCACAAUUUAACCAUUUAUUUCACUAAAACAAUAACAUGAUAGCAUAUGUAUCCCUGUUUGUUAACUGAUAUGGUUAAACGUUGUUUUUUUAAAGACUGAGUUUUAGCACACAUGAAAAACUUAAAACAAAUCCUUCUUUCCAGAUGAAUAGCUUUGGACUGUCAUAAAACUGAAAUAAAAAAAUCUUUAGAAAGAUUUUCCCUCCAAAAGCAUCUUAUUUUAAAAAUCAAUUUUUAUUUUUUAUUUUUAAAAUCAUUGAUUUUUAUCCACCCUGCUCUCUUCCCAGUCCUCCAGCAAAGGAAACGGUUGUUGAGAACUCUGAAAUCUCGUGCGUUAACGAAGAGGAUCGCUCAACUGGAUUUCUAUCUAACCUGAAUGGGAAAUCUACGACGUGGAAUUUUGAAGAAAUAAUUGAACUCGGCGUCCAUCCCAAGACAACCAUGGCUGCAGAUAAAGCCACCCAGAGCUUGAAAGAUGCUGCUGUUGUACCUGCGAGUCCCAGGCUGGCUUUUGAAGAAGAAAGUCCCGUGAAUUCCUUGACCAAACCGAUAGAGACCGCAUCAGGUAUAAUAAUAAUAAUAAUAAUAAUAAUAAUAAUAAUAAUAAUAAUUUAUUUCUACCCUGCCCAUCUGGCUGGAUUUCCCCAGCCACUCUGGGCUGCUUUCAACAGGAGAUUUAAAAAAUAUUAAAUAUACAGUCACAGGGGUCUGCCCAGUGCACCAAACCACCUCUCCAUUGAAAGGUGGCAAAUUCGCAUUUGAGUUCGGCGUUCAGGGUUCUCAAAAUACUUGAAACCUGGGCUGCAGGGCUGGAAAGAAGGAUGCUGACUGACCUGAAGUUGGAGGGAAAUAAAAGGAGAGGUUUUGCGUGGGUUAAUGAAGCCCUUCCGCUUCCUCCUAAAAUGGGUGUCCCCAGGGCCCCCUUUCUGCGAACUCUGGCACUUGUGAACCAGCUCCCUAUACUAGAUUCAGGGAGGGAGCUGCGUUGGUCUGACGCAGUCAAAAUAAAUCUUAAAAAAAUGAAAAAAUGGUCCAGUAGCAACCUAGAGACCAACAAUGUUUCUUCUGGAUCAAAGAUCUUGUGUGCAGGCAGACUUCUUCAAAUACACUGAAGCGGAAGUCCCCAGACCCUGAUAUAUAGAGGGAGGGAAGUCCCCAGACCAUGAUAUAUAGUGGGAGGGGAGUCCCCAGACCCUGAUAUAUAGAGGGAGGGGAGUCCCCAGACCAUGAUAUAUAGAGGGAGGGGAGUCCCCGGACCCUGAUAUAUAGAGGGAGGGAAGUCCCCAGACCAUGAUAUAUAGUGGGAGGGGAGUCCCCGGACCCUGAUAUAUAGAGGGAGGGGAGUCCCCAGACCAUGAUAUAUAGAGGGAGGGGAGUCCCCAGACCCUGAUAUAUAGAGGGAGGGGAGUCCCCAGACCAUGAUAUAUAGAGGGAGGGGAGUCCCCAGACCCUGAUAUAUAGAGGGAGGGGAGUCCCCAGACCAUGAUAUAUAGAUCCUGUAUUUAAUCUCCCAGGAGAUGGAAGUGUUCUCCUAUUGCAGUUUUGGCCAAAUUCGGCCCUCCAGUUGUUUUGGGACUACAAUUCCCAUCAUCCCUAGCUCACAGGACCAGGGGUCAGGGAUGAUGGGAGUUGUAGUCCCCAAACAGCUGGAGGGCCAACUGACUUCUCUGCCGUGUGAUUCCCGAUUUCAGAUUGAUGCCCAUUUAUCCUUUGGCAUAGAGUCUGGCCUGUUUGCCCAAUAUAGAGAGCCGAAGGGCACUGCUGGCAUUUGAUGGCAUACACAGUGUUAGAAGAUGAGCAAUGAAAUAGGCCUGAGAUGGGAUGUUGAACGUUGCUGGGUCCACUUUCUAACUCAGGCAACCCCAGCCUUCGGCCCUCCAGAUGUUUUGGACUACAAUUCCCAUAAUCCCUGACCACUGAUCCUGUUAGCUAGGGAUCGUGGGACUCAAUGGGUAUUGUCAAUCUGUUGGCAACUGUGAACGACUGCAAUUAGUCCGCCAGUAGGCAUGUCCAACAGGUAGAUUGCAAUCUACUGGUAGAUCACGGGGUGUUCCUGGUAGAUCUUUGGCCCCUCAGGGAUCUCCUUCCCCCCAGAAUAAAAAAGAACAAAAGGAAUAAAAAAAGCUCAACAACUACUGCUUCCUGUUAUGUUCUGUGUAUAUCGCAAGGCUCAUUCGGUUUCAUUCAUUCAUAUUUCCCGUUCCAUUCAUUCAUAUCUUCCAUUUCUUUCCUUCAUUUGCUUCCUUAGAAAAAGCUCGUCAAUGUUGGCUUCCGGAAAAAAGCCGGACAGCUUUGCCUUUCCAAAAAAAACGUGGCAACUUUGGCUUCCAGGAAAAAGCCAGACAACUUUGCCUUUCCAAAAAAAGCUCAGCAACUUUUGGCUCCUAGCCAAAAAGUGGACCAUCAAAUUAAGGUCCACUAUUGGACUGGGGGUUCAAGACCCUCAACUGUGUAUUAAAUAUAUUCGACUUUUGAUUAUGUUCUGUGUGUAUCGCAAUGCUCAUUCAGUUCCAUUCAUUCAUCUAUUCCAGGGAUGUCUAACAGGUCAGUUGCGAUCUACUGCUAGAUCCCCACGAGGUUUUGGUAGAUCGUAGUUGAUCUCUGGCUCCCUCGCCCAGCCCUCCAUUGUUGUAUGAUCUCUGGAAGGGAAGACUGAACUUUCUCUGUGCUGCUGUUUUUAUGCAUAGUGAUUUUUUUCUUGAGUGACUUUACCCCUUUAUCCGUUGCCUUUAACCCCCCCCCCCGAAAACAGAACUCUCCCCCCCAAAAAGCCCCUCCCUAAAAAUAGCUCAACAACUUUGAGCUAAACCCCCCCAUAAAACAAGGGUAGAUCACUGCCAGUUUUUAAUUCUGAAUGCAGUCUCUUGAGAGUUGGCCACUCCUGCAGUUCCAUUCAUUCAUAUAUUCCGUUCCAUUCAUUCAUAUAUUACCUUUCACUCAUUCUUAUCUUCAGUUCCAAUCAUUCAUUUGCUUCCCAAGAGAAGCUCCACAACUUUGAUCCGUCCAAUGACAACUGGUAGAUCACUGCCACUUUUUUUGUACUGGGAGUAGAUCACAGUCUAUUGAGAGUUGGACAUCCCUGUCCUACAGGAAAAAGCAAGGGAUAGUAUGCAGUGACCCAAAACAGCUUUCAUACGUGUAACGAGACAAGAAUCCAAUAUCUCUAUUGCGCAGCCAAAUACUGUAUUUUUGCAUCUAUUAGAUGCUCCCUAUUUUGAGGGACUCCGAUUUAAGAAAAUGGGGGAGGUGGCCCCCGUGUAUAAGACGCCCCCAAAUUUUGGACAUUAUUCUUUAGGGGGGAAACCUAGUCUUACACACGAAAAAAAUGUGGUAACUAAUUGCAAUUAAAACUCCACCUGUCUUCUGUUUCCUAUUAGUUCUUUCUUUCUCUCUCGCUUUUGAACAGAACUGUGAACACUAGGACCCUGGAAAGACUCCAGACUCUCCGCUUCAGGAAUUUGGGGUUCCCCCCAAGUCAUAUGAAGGCCUUGUUUUUGGAAAAGCUGCUUGUUGAACCCCCCCGAGUUUGGUGCCGGAAAAGAAGUAAAGUCUACCCCGCCUAACUUUGCACCUUGGAAACCUUUCAGGUAGACUGUUGCUUUAAUGAGUUUUUGUUAGAGGGACUGUUUGAACGCAGGUUUCUCGAAGGGACGGGAAGGAAACGUUUUCCCUUCCGUGAAUUGUUCAUUAUUCUGUUAGUAGCUUGUAUUGGAGAUUUACCAAAUAUUGUUGCACAGAGCACAGCCAGCCUAAUAAAAUGAAACCUAACCUUUAUUAAACCACCUUGUCCUUGUCUUAACUGGCUUCACAUGCACGCUCCAUUAUUGAAGGAGAGUUUCGUUUCAAUCGUUAAGAGCGAGCCAUCUUCCUUGGCAACAGGUUGGACUGUUUCUGCCAUAAAAAAAUCUAGCUUAGGGCUAAGAUCUCUUCCGGCGCUUGGCAACAAAUGUCUUGCUCAUGGCAAGUGGCAAGUUACACAUUUUUCCGUCUAUAAGAGGCCCCCAUGUAUAAGACGCCCCCUAUUUUGGGGGACUUAGAUUUAAGAAAAUGGGGGGAGAUGUAUCCGUGUAUAAGAUGCCCCCUUCUUUUCGACAUUAUAUUUUAGGGGGGGAACCUAGUCUUACACAAGGGAAAAUACGGUAUUUUGGUGAGCUCGCCAACAAUGAUCGAGUGCCGUCAUUGUAAUGUAGCGCUGUCGGGGCUGCAAACUGCUGUUAGCCACUGGUGGACGGAGGUGGCCCAUGCCUGGGGUGGGGGUUGACAAAAUCCCCCCCAGGCUGAUUGGCGUCGUGGCGGGUGAAUUUCCGUGACAGGCACAAUUGCCGCUGCGGAAAUCCGCCCGCUGAUCGCCAGGCGGGCAGCACUCCCAUCCCCAGCAGGCGGCACCACAUGCUGGGCGUAUAUGCGCAGGUGGCAGCACUCUCGGGAGGAUCGGUGCGCCUCCGGGUACGCGUCAUAUUUGCCGCCCGGGUGCCCCAGCGGCUUCCCCCGCAACUGGAUCCCCACUGACAACGGUCGAGUGUCAUUAUGGCAACAUGGUGUGCAGUGCUCUACGGGGCCUACAAAUUGCUGUCAGCCCCCACUUGUUGAAGGCGACGACUCGCUAUGAGACAUUCGGCAAGGACCCGCAAAGUGCGUGGAAGGGGGGCCAGAAUGGCCAAGACCAAUGCCCAAAUAACCUGCCAGGAGCCCCACCCCAACACCAAAUGUUUGGAGGGGGCCCAGGAAGCCCACUGCAUGGAGCGUCUUCCCUGAUUUACCUUUAAAGCAGGCAUAGGCAAACUCCGGCCCUUCAGAUUUUGGGACUACAAUUCCCAUCCUCCCUGACCACUAGUCGUGUGAGCUAGGGAUGAUGGGAGUUGUAGUCCCCAAACAUCCAGAGGGCCGAGUCUGGGGUGCCUGAUUUAAGUUGAUAUUCACACGUCUGUUUUGUGCAUAUUGGUGUACAAAAAAGCAGUAUCGAACCCCUGAGGUUGUGUGUGUGUGUGUUGUGGUUUUGUUUGUUUGUUUGUUUUUGUCUUCAUUAAUUAUUCUGUCCUUCUCUUCGUUUGACCUCGCUGCUUGCCUCUCCUGUUUGUGUCAAGCAGUGGUGGCCAAACUUGACCCUCCAGCUGUUUGGGGGCUACAAUUCCUACCACCCCUGACCACUGGUGUUUCCUGCUUGGCAGGGGGUUGGACUCGAUGGCCCUUGUGGUCUCUUCCAACUCUAUGAUUCUAUGGUCCUGUUAGCUAGGGAUGAUGGCAGUUGUAGUCCCCAAACAGCUGGAGGGCCAAGUUUGGCCAUGACUGGCAUAAAGCAACCUAUUUAGCCUCCAGCCCUUGGACAGUGUUCUGCGUAAAGCAGUGAUGGCCAAUCUGGGCCUUUAUGCCACCACUGGCAUAAAGGGAUGAAGUCUGUGGCUAAGAGAGAACGGCAGCUGUGUCCUUGUCCUCCAGUCCUGAAUCGCUAGGUGUCCCUUGUCAAAAGAUUAAUAAUAAUUUAUUCUAUAAAGAGCGGCUUCCCAGAUCAGUGACCCCUCGGCUUUCAGGGCAGAUGUUCAUACUGGCACGAUGCCCCAUUUCUUGGGAUUGCAGUUGGGAACUAGAGAUCCAGCCCCCUUUCCAUCUCAUCCUCUGCCCUCUCCCAAACCUUUUUGCCAUUCCCAAAUAUUUUAGAGCGGUGCCUUAGGUUGAAACAAAAUGUAUUUUUGUAUGAUCACUCUCUUCAUUCUGGCAGAGACAAUCAUUUGGACAAGCAUGAUGACUCCAGUUUUUCCCCUGUGCAAACUGAUGCCUGUUGAAUGCUGUACGUAAACGCGUAUUCACUGUUAAAUAAAUUUUCCCAUUGAAAGCAGCCUGCAUUGGUUAUUAACAGAUGAUCCAAAACGGUUGCUGUAGGCACGGAGAAAUGCAGAGCUUCUGAAACUGACUUUGUAUUGACCUAUUGUUGGUUUAAUAAUAAUAAUAAUCAGAAUAGAUUCAGGUAGGUAGCCGUAUUGGUCUGACACAGUCAAAAUAAAAAAAUUAAAAAUUGUCGCACCU